AUAUAAACAAAACUAGGCUAGGGUUGUCCAUUUUCCGUAAACCAUAUUGUUGGUUAAUAGUGUGACUUUUUAAAUAUUUCAACUGAUCAUGAUAAUAAGGUGGGCAGGGCCAUCGCGUUCAGAACUCUAUAUGGAUAUCAUGAUAUCGCACAGGCCUCCCAAGCUCCCAUUACAAGAGUGGAAUGUAAUUUACUUUGUGUGACACGAGUGAGUCAGUGUCGUGUUAGAGCUGACCUUUGAGACGUGAGAAAUAAAAUACUGAGGUCUGCAAACGCUAAAUGUCAUUAUGUUUUGCCUUUUGUUUCUAUAAAAUAAAUAAUGAGACUUAUCUUUGAUGUAUUCUUGUGUGUUUUGGUAGGAUCCUGUACAAUCCUAUCAGGAUCCGGUGAGAGAUACUUUUAGGAUCCUGUACAAUCCUAUCAGGAUCUUGUAAGAGAUACUGUUAGGAUCCUGUUCUAUCCUAUCAAGAUCCUGUAAGGUUUACCAUUAGGAUUCCAUAAGUUCCUAUCAGGGCUUCUGUAAGAUAUUCUUUUAGGAUUCUGUAACAUUGAAUUCAGCAUCCUGAACCUAUCAGGUUCCUGUACAGUUUUUAUAAGUGUUAGGAUCCUGUAUGAACCUAUCAGAACCCUGUUAUGUCCUAUUCAGAACCUGUAAGAUCCUGUCAGGAAACUUCCUGAUCCUGCAGGAUCCUGCAUAGUAUUUCUACCAGGGAUGAUUAAAAAAAGCCCGUACUUCAUAUACAGACCCAAAAGUGGAAUUUGGGAAGUGACGAGUAAAACAUCAGCAGCUGCUUAACAAUAUUUUUUACAUUCACUGUGCUGUUGUUAUAAUAAAUACUAAGCUAAAAAUGUCUGAUCUCUCGAAGUUAUUAAUAACUAUCUAACUUACAGCCUAAUAAAUUUCAAAUUCACUGUGCUGAUGUUCAAUAAAUAUUAAGUUAAAAUGUCUGAUCUUUCUCAAUUAAAACUGACUGUCCAAUGAUAUUCAUACUCAAAAUGUAUUGUCCAACAACUUGACUUAACAUAGCCUGCAAAAACAUCCGUUUCUCCUCGCUCUUCGUCGCUGGGGACGUUUCGCGCGGAGGAACGUCUGCGACUCAGCGACAGAAAUUCCAUACUGAUGAGGCAAAUCAAUGUUUACAUAAUAAAUCCGGUAGUCUUAGGGUUUCAAAUAUAAAUAUGUCUAAUUUUGCGUGUCUUCUGGUCGAUUUUGGUAAAGUGUUGUGUUGAUCUGCCCACGAGCUCCAGCAAAAUUCAAAUGCUUCUUCUACAGAAGUCUAUAUUCUACAAAAAUUGACUGUUUUGUUAGAGAUUCUUCGCGUUUACAUUUGACCUUUGUGGCCUUUUGUUUUUUGUCUGUCAUUCAUAAACAAUAGCUAAAACAAUGUAACUGCUGCGUCGACCAAUCAGCGCUUCUGACCGGAUUCUGGACAGAUUUUACGUCAUCAGUAUGGAAUUUCUGUCGCUGAGUCGCAGACGUUCCUCCGCGCGAAACGUCCCCAGCGGUGAAGAGCGAGGAGAAACGGAUGUUUCCGCAGGCUAGACUUAACACAAUGACAUUAUAGAUUUAACUUAACAGGAUUGAGUAAAUUAACUGUCUUAUGUUUGUGGGGAUCACCUGCAAUUACACUUUUUUAAUGCCUUGAUUACCACUGGUUUUUCUUUGUUUCACCACAAUAAAGCAUGCUAUAGCCUUCUAACGAGCUUUAGAGCAUUAUGGAGACUGGGUUUCGUGGCAAAAGUAUUGUAGUUCAAUUUUCAUUUUAUUUUGUUCCUGUGUAUGGUCACUUAGUAAAUUGAUAACUCGUCAGAUGGUUGCAUUGGUUCGUCAGAGGGUAAUGCCCUUGGCUAAGGGAUUGUCCUCAUAAUCUGCCUUCUCGGGCAACCAUUCAUUUUUCCGACAAUAUCUAAGGUGUCGCCAUUUUGAAUAAUCCCUUGGUACCAACCAGCAAUCUGAAGGGGUUCAUUUACUAAAGCCACAACAUACAUGCGGGUUCAAAACUGCUAUUGCCAUGCUCUAGGCGCUGUAGUUAGCACCAAUGAAAAAGUACUGCUCAGUGCUUUAAUGUGAACGGUCACACUUUAAGAGCUUAUAAACACACUUAAAAGUAAGAGUCACCUUGUGCAAUAUAAUGAACAGUAUAAGGAAAGUCUUGCUCGUGCUUUUACGUUUCAUUCACACCAAUCAAACUGCAUGUGAAAAAGAAUUUGCUUCAUUGACAUUCAACACCUACUUUGCCAUCUAAAACAACUUCUUUUCCUUCUUCAAAUUUAACUCAAUUCUGGCUCGAAGAUUGUUUGAUACUGCUGUGGGAGAAUUUUUGUAUGGUCUUGUUGACACUGUAGGCCGCAGUCAGUAAUAGCCGCGUGACCAUCUUUUCUUUUUUUUUGAAUAGAAGCGCUGGGACCUGUUUCUUGAAAGUCCUGGUAACUCUUCGGGCCUGGAAAGCUGUUUUAUGUUGGCCGUGUUUAUAUUCAAAAACAAAGAGAUUAUGCAAUGAAACUAUCAGUUAACGAAGCAAAAUUGACGUUUCUGUGAGCUAGGAACUGUGCUACUUGUUAACAGGUUUUGAUUUUAAAAUUUGCCUUCGGGCCCGAAAAGCUACUUGGACUACUCGGUCUUUCGAGAAACAGCCCCCUGGUCUUUGUUAAUGAAAAAUAAUUGAAACAUUUCUCAGUUAAACCUGCGUAAACCCUCACGGCGUAUGCUUCUUUCUCAAAAAACUAAAAACAUACAAUCAAAAUUUGACGCACUGUAAAGACUAAACGCUCUGAAAGCGAAAUUAACAGGUUUAAAUUUUAUUUUCGUUUGUCAUAACUAUCAUACAUUACCAUACCCCAAAACAAAGGGAAAUAAAAUUUGAACCAAGGAUAAAAUUGAACCACAUCAUAGCCAAACACUAACAAACAGUUUUUUUGCAUUUCCACUGUUUAUUUGUAGUUGGGGAAGCUCUCGUAAGCGGCCGUUUAACCCUUACAUCUCCAGUGGCCACUUAUGAGAACCAGCUCAAGUAACGGACACCUUUUUCGCGUUCCGAAGGUGCCUGCUUACGAGAACUUCCACUGUAUUUCAUGAUACAAGCAGACUUUUAAAAGCGUGCUUUUAGGAAAAGAUAGAAGACAUUGAAUUCAACGAUUACAAAUUUUGUUCAAUUACGCGAUUACAUGUAUAGACUGAAUUUAACUUGUUGGCAAACCUUUUUAAAUCGAGAAAUCCGCUUCUGUCAUACUAGAGACCUGUUUUCACAGAUGAUAUUGCCCCCUCGGGGCGUUCCAUUUUCUUUGUCCACACCCUGCUAAGUAUGGGGUCUUAAUAGGGGGCGUGGAUUUUUUUCUUUAAAGAGGCGGAGCAAAUUCGGACCCUUCGGAUGGUUUUUUCAAAGGUGCCAGCAAAAAAUGAUCCCCUCUGAUUGCAAUCAAUCAAUCAGUCAAUCAAUCGAUUUAUUAGUGACAGCGUUAAACACAAUUGACUAUUUCGAUGGAACUGCAUGUGGACCCCACGCUUGCGAACUCCUACCCCUAUUAUGGCUCCUGAACCUACUUUUUUGAAGUCUGCUAAAAUAGGUUUUUGUAUUUUGGGGUAGUUAUUGGCAAUUUAGGCUUAGUAGGCUCUUAAUUAGGUUCUUCAUUUUUAUGAAGGCAGGGCUGAAAAUAACGGACAUCAGGUCGCCGAUCAUGAUGACCGGCUAAAUAUUUUUUAGCCCGAUUCUGGCCGGUCAAAUAAUGAAUAUUUUUUGGCCUAAGAAAUAUCGAAUUACGCUGGCAGUAGAUCGUUAUUAGUGGUGCAAAAUACAUUCACACGUUGAAGAGUUCCUUUUCGCGGUUUUUGCGCGUUUUAAUGUCUGUUCUACCUUGAGUAUCAUCGUACGGUGGUGUCUGAAGUCUCUAAAGGUAAAUAGUGAAGCGUAAAUCCUUUUCAAACUCUCAAGGUUCAGGAAAUGGAAUACACAUACAGUUUAACAAAGUUUAGGAAUUAAGAAAAAAAUAAUAAUUUGGGUUAUUAAAGAACAAAGUCUGUACACAUUUGUUUCACGUUGAUGUUCAGAAAUGAACAUCGGUGAAACUUGAUCUUUUUCUUUGCCUGGCACGUGAUCGAAUUGAGUCCGCAAACGAGAUUCAUGUUCGACAUAAAGAAAUUAUUAGUAAUCGAUGCACUAACAUUAUUCCCGGAGAAACGCAGGACGACCCGUUGAGAAUUGCGAUCGAUUUACCGGGAUUCCGUCGAAUUCCCAAAGAACGUCACAUUACUGAUUACAGCAAAGCAGAAAGUACAGUACGACCUGCAACGUUGCGUUACUCGACAACUCAGUUUGUUAUUCACUUUGUUGCGUCUCAUUAGGACAUGACGACAUGAAAUUAAUCUAUUUCGGCGUUCUUUUGCUAAGAAGGGUUUAGUGCAAAGUAGCAAAUAACACUGUAGUGUAUUGAUUACCAUAGUAACGAUUAUGUACUAUUACCAACAUCAGUGAAACUACAUGUACUAAGUGAUAUUAAAGUAAUACAGCACGAAUGUAAAAGUACUGAUACUAAGUGAAAGUAGAUUAUGAUUUGUACUAUAAAGACAGUGGUUCACUUAAUAAAGGGAUUAUGUAGAAAGCAAUGAAAGUGUGAGUAUCUCCUUGUCUCACGACUACACCACACAUUGGCGACGAGGAUGAACUUGUAACUGCAGACCACACAGACGACGAAACUGAGCAGCCAGAACAGGCAGCACAAGCAGAGAAUACUGCUCCGCCAGACCCGGCCGAUGAAGCUGAGCCAGACGAGGUUGAACAAGACGAAGUUCUACGAGAAAUGGAAUGCUCAUUGCCCGCACCCACCGCAUUCAACAUUGAUGCGACUGAUCUGUACAGCGACUGGAAACACUGGAGUAGUGCGUUUGAGAUCUACUCGAUAGCAUCUGACCUACAGAAAAAGGAUGAUGCAGUUCAGAGAGCCACGAUGCUGCAUUGCCUUGGCCCCGCAGUGCAACGCAUUUUCAACACGCUCCCUGGCGAACACGAGAGCCUCGAAGAGGCCAAGACCGCCUUGAACGGGUACUUUGCCCUGAAACGGAACGUGGUAGCAGAACGCUACAAAUUCAGGUCGAGAGCACAGAAGGUAGACGAGUCGUUCGACGCGUACCUGACGAGCCUUCGAGAGCUGGUAAAAUCCUGCGACUUUGGCACUUUGGAAGAGGAGAUGAUACGGGACCAAAUUGUCGAGAAGUGCUCUUCCCAAACCUUAAAGCAGAAACUGCUCCAGCAAGAAGACCUUGACCUAGCAAAAACUGUGAGAAUUGCGCGGAAUGCAGAAACGGCCGUGCAAGAAGCGCGAUUGCUGUCUCAAGGCACCAGAGAAUACCCGAUCCAGAUCGACCACGUGCAUGCUUCUCGCGGAUCACAAGCAAAAAUUUUCAGCUGCUACAGAUGUGGUGGAAAAGACGGACAUGCACCUGACGAAUGUGGCACGAUCAAGUCCAGGUGUAACAAGUGCAAAAAAGUCGGACACUUGCAGAGGGUUUGCCGUUCAAAGUCAAAAACUGACCAAAGGAAAGGCAAGAAAGGAAAAGAAAAGAAACCACCCAUGAAGGUCCGCAGCUUGAAUUCGAAACCUGGCAAAGACUGGCUUGAAAACAGUUCAGAUGACGAGAAUGAAGAACCUGUACUCUCCCUCAACAAUGGUGACAGUUCCAUCACAGUAAGGAUUAACGAACAACGGAUCAAAAUGAUCGUCGACACCGGUAGUGAGUACGACAUAAUAUCCUCAGAGGUGCAUAAGACGCAAUUUAAGAACGAUGAACUGAGCUCAAAAGCGUUUUACUGCGUAUGGACAAAAACAUCCAUUAAGGUGUAAGGGUUUCUUUAACGCUGCCAUUAGGGUAGGCGACACAACCGUCAAUUCAAAGAUGUAUGUAAUUGAGGGUAAUACAGAAUCAUUACUUGGACGAGACUCCAGUUUUAAUUUGGGAAUACUUACCCAAGUAAAUUCAGUCGGUCAGAAUAGUAAUUAGUAAUCAAAGUGAGCUGGAUUCAUUGCUGAAGGAGUACGAUGACGUUUUCCAAGGACUAGGAAAAGUUACUGAUUUUGAACAUAAAAUUACUAUUGACCCAGAGGUCAAACCUGUAAGUCAACAGCUAAGACGCAUACCUGUCAGUCAAAUUGAAGCUGUGAAUAAUGAACUUGACAGGAUGUUAGGGCAAGAUAUUAUUGAAGAGGUCACUGAAGCAAGUCCUUGGGUUUCCAAUUUAGCAAUUGUGCCUAAGAAGUCUGGCGAUAUAAGGGUAUGUUGUGACCUUAGAGAAGUUAAUAAGGCUGUAAUUAGGGAACGUUGUGAUUUACCUAAGAUAGACGAUACUUUACAUCCUAUGCGCUGCUCUAAGUAUUUUGCAAAGAUCGAUGCCAAUAGCGGAUUCUUUCAGCUUACGUUGACUGAAGAGUUGCGUUGCCUUACCACGUUUAUUACGCCUCGUGGUUGUUAUAGGUUCAAGCGAACUCCCUUCGGUCUCAGUGAUGCGAGCGAAGCUUUUCAAAAGAUGAUGGACAAAAUCUUGUUUGGCAUUGAGGGUGUCCGUAUUUCAGUCGAUGAUGUAAUUAUCUAUGCCGAAACCAUGACCGAACUUCUAAGGCGCAUCCGCAAGGUUUUAGAUCGAUGUUGUCAGUGCAACCUCAAGCUCAAUCGUAGCAAAUGUGAAUUUGGAGUGAAACAAAUAACGAUUUUAGGGCACGUUGUUUCUGAAAGAGGAAUUGAACCUGAUGUGGCAAAAACGGAAGCCAUCAAAGCUACGCCUCCUCCUAGCAACGUCUCUGACCUCCGAUCGCUUCUUGGGACUUGUGGCUAUGUUUCGAAAUUUAUUCCAAGUUAAGUCAACAUAGUUGAACCGCUUAGAAAGCUUACUCGUAAGGGGCAGAAAUGGACAUGGAAAAAGAACGUAAUCACAGAUGCCAGUCCAGUUGGUUUAGGUGCAAUUUUAUUGCAAGACCAAGUCAACGGUGAGCGUAAACCGAUCGCCUACAUUAGUCGACCGCUCACAUCGAUGGAACGGAGGUAUUCACAAAUUGAGCGCGAAGCGUUAGGUUGCGUAUCGGCUGUCGAACGUCUACACAAUUAUUUGUUUGGCAUUAAGUUUACUUUGUUGACUGACAACAAGCCUCUUUCUUCUAUGUUUGAUCCAUAUUCAUAUUUUACCUCCUCGUAUCCAACACAGCAGAUUCGCUGUCGUGAUUGCCAUCCAAGCAAAAUGAUUGUUCAGAUACCGGUUUCGUUUGCGAAAAUUAUGUACGAUUUGUUUACAUGUCAAAUAUGUCAGAUCUUCAAGCGGUCACUCUUUCUGACAUGAGAUGCGAAACUAGCAAAGACGUCACGCUGUUCAAAUUACUUGCCCAAAUUCAAAGCGGAAAAUGGUCACGCGAUACUGAUCUUGAACCGUAUAGCCGCAUAAAGGACGAAUUGUCUAUUUUUGAAGGAGUAAUUCUUAGAGGGAAUCGGGUAUGCUGUUGUUCAAUCACGAAAUUCGUACGAAGGUACUGCACAUUGAGUCUAACUCAAAUACAACAGCAUCGGCACUUGAUCGUGACCAUCGAUCAAAAUGUAGCUUGUAUCAAGCGAAAUUGAAAGACUAUCAUGACACCAAGCAACAUGCGUCCCCGCAUCAUUUCAGCGUUGGCGAUGUCGUGUUUUGUGCUAAUAUGAAGCCCAACAAAUUGGACUCUAAAUUCUCUUUGGCUAAGCACGUUAUCAUUGAGACCAAAGCGCGGGACACGUUCGGUCUAGUCAACGUGGACACGGGUACCACCUUGGUUCGCAAUGCAAAGUACUAAAAGCAUGCGCCUAGUAAGAGCAUAGAUGAUGAUGGCAACGUAGAAAUUUUUACCAACUAUAAGGAGUCCAACAAUUCUAGUGAUUCUAGUGCUAACGUUUCUGACGCUUGUGACGACCCUGAACCUUCUGGUCAUGUUGACGAGCAAGCCUCUCAGAAUGAACAGGUCAUCACCACUAGGUCAGGACGAGUUGUAAAGUCAACUAAGGACUGUGACAAUUUUGUAUAUUAUUGACAUUAAUUCUUGCUGAUUUAUAUGAUCUUGUGUCUUUCGAAUAUUCUUAGAACCCGCCCGGGAAGGAUGUAGUGUAUUGGUUACCAUAGUAACGAUUAUGUACUAUUACCAACAUCAGUGAAACUACAUGUACUAAGUGAUAUUAAAGUAAUACAGCACGAAUGUAAAAGUACUGAUACUAAGUGAAACUAGAUUAUGAUUUGUACUAUAAAGACAGUGGUUCACUUAAUAAAGGGAUUAUGUAGAAAGCAAUGAAAGUGUGAGUAUCUCCUUGUCUCAUGACUACACCACAAACACCAAAGAAAAAAGAAAUCAUUACAGAGUUAUAGAACAUUAAGCGACAACUUUAUGGAAAAUAAAAUGUUCGUAUCCAAAAAUGACCGGUCAAAAUGACCGGCAAGACAGGACUUUGACCGGUCAAUUUCAGCCCUGUGAGGGAGGUAAUAGAUUGCUCAAUGAUUACUGGAGGAAUAAAUAAACUUGGGUUUGGUCCUUUAAUAAAUAUACAUUAUGUAUUCACGUCUGUAUUCAUGACCGUAAUGAUUACAGAAUUUUUAAUGUAUACAGUGUUAUCUCUACAACGGGACAUGUAAUAAUUAAAAUAAGUAAAUAAAAUGGAAAAGUGAGUGGAAUUAGCAAAAAAUUGUCUAAAAAGACUUCUUACCGUUCAGUGAUUCACUGUAGCUAUGAAGGUCUAUAAAGUUAAACUCCUGCUUGAUCUUUCUUGGCUAACAGGUGCUUGUGUUAUUGGGUAUAACAAACAAUAAAGUGGCAAAUUACUGCCAGGAGGUUCUUAAUCCACUGGGUUCUUAUUCGCGGGUGUCAUCGUUGGUACUGCUGUGUUUGUAUGCAACUAUGUUACGGCUGUAAGUAUGCAAAUUAUUGUGAACUUACAGGCAUGAUGUGUUAGUAUUUACUAAGUCAGUGGAUAGCAAUUUUCGUGCGUUUUGAUUGGCUCUUGAAACUAAAACUCGCAUCUACAUGUAUUCGUGGCUAUUCACCUCCCCUCUGGGGGAUACUUGUAUACUUCUGUAACAAUGACGCCCGGAUGGCCGUGUAAUAAACCAGAUUUAACUAUGAAAGAAACUACACUUUAUUCGGCCGCCAUGGCACCCGGAAAGCAUGGCCCACACAAAUAUCCAUGAUCCUUUGCACGUUUAAAGUAACCGAGAACUUCCGCUAACACAACUUCCGGUAGACAAUACUAUCGAUACAUUACAUCCCUUCCUUUCUUUAGAAACGAACAGACUACGAGAAAAAGUCAAUAAGGCACUUAACUGCAAAAAAAUAAAUCUGUAUGAAAACUGUUCUGCUCGCAUUGAGUUAUCUCAAUAAGACUGUUCAAUAAAAUCUAAUAACAUGAAACCAAAUCUAACAGACUUAAACGUAAGUCCGACGUGUCAACAGAGUUCAGUUCAUAAAGUACAUAGUCCUUGUACUUCUCUGGCAUUCUGACAGUCCGCCUUGGUCUUGAUGUCGCUAUACUCUCCUCCAGUGGAAGAGUAUUGGGUGCUUCUUGAGAAGCGGCCUCUGUGGCUUCCGGGGAUUCCCUGGUGGGUUGUACUGCUUAACAAAUGAGCUGUUCCGCCUGUAUUCCACACCUUCCUUUGACCUAACAGUCACCUCACUGCCUUCCUUAGUCUGCACUGUGUAUGGCUCACUCUCGAAAUUUGCUUCUAGCUUGCCAGGCGUUUUCGUGUUUUUCAGCAAAACCAGAUCUCCAGGCAGUACAGGGCUUUCGGCUGCACCCCGCUUGUUGUCAGCAUGUUCCUUAUGGGUGAACUUGUGAUUCCAAUCACGAUCUCUGACCCCCUCGUACAACAGGUUACCAGCGCGCCUCACCUCUGGAAGUUAUGUUUUCUGCCAAACAUAAGGAACGCAGGAGUAACACCAGUGGUUGUUUGUGGUGUGGUUCUAUAUGCUAGCAGAAACGUCUGCAGUUCUUCACGCCAGUUUUUUCUCUCAACGUGAGCAACUUUCAAAGUCUUAAGCAGAGUUCUGUUCUGUCUUUCAACAUGUCCAUUGGCCUGCGGCCAGAGCGGUGGGGAAGUCAAGUGUUCGAUUCCGUGAUCAGAGAGAAACUUCUCAAACUCCGCACAGCAAAACUGAGGACCAUUGUCCGACUUGAGUGUAAAUGGAAAUCCAUAUCUGGAGAAUAUCUGUGUCGAGCACAUGAUCGCUACCUCGAAAAAUCCAUUGACUGUAACAGUCUACGACUACGAGCAAACUUUCUCCAUUGGGAAGGGGGCCCAUCAGGUCUAUGGCUAUGUCUUGCCAGGGUCCAGUGGGUGGCUUCACUCUCUUCAUGGGCUCAGGAACCUGGAACUCACCUACGACUUGGCAGCCAUGACAAGACUUACACACCUGCUCUGCGUCUGAGUCAAUCUUUGGCCACCAAACCCUUGUCCUUAAACGAGCCUUCAUUUUUACGAUGUCCUGAUGUCCCUCGUGGGCAAGACGCAAGACGUCUUCCCCGUAAAGCCUUCGGAACAGCAAUUCUCGUACCGCGCAAAACAGGUUUGCCUAACACACACAAUUCAUCCUUGACACAAACAUAAGCUGUCAUCCUACAUCGAGACCAGUCCCCACUUAAAAUGUACUGUCUCAGGCUAAAAAAUUUCUGGGUCACUAUCAGAAACCAAUUCGACUUGUUUCGCUGUCAGGGCAACAGGUAAGCUUUCCUCACAACUGCCUUGACAAAGUCAAAUUCCUCCCCACUUGUGUCUUUAGGGUUACAUUGAUUGAGUCUUGAGAGAGAGUCUGCAAUAUUCGCUUUGCCAGGCCGAUAAACAACUCUGUAGUCAUAGCCCUGCAACCUCAGAACCCAACGUUCGAUACGUGCUGAUGGUUUUGAAAGCCUGCCAAAAAUACACUUGAGUGGCUUGUUAUCAGUUUCAAGUUUAAAUUUGCGCCCGUACACAUAAACGUUGAAACUCUCACAAGCCCAUACUAGGGCAAGGGCCUCUUUCUCGGUCUGGCUGUAUCUCCGCUCCACUUCAGUGAGGUUUCUGGACGCGUACGAGAUUGCUCGCCACUCGCCGUCUCGAAGUUGAGUCAGCACUGCACCUAAACCCUGUGGACCUGCAUCGGCAAUAAUACGCGUGUUACAGUCUCCCCUAAAUAUGCAAGCGUAAUGGCCUGUGCAACUAGCUGUUUCAACUUCUGGAAUGACCUUUCCUGUGCUUCACCCCAGAUGAAAGGCUCAUUCUUCCUCAGGAGGCUCCUCAUUUGUUCUGCUUCUUGCGCGAAGUUGGGAAGAAACUUUGAAGAAUACUGUACAAGCUGAACAAAUGAUCUGACCUGUGAAGCAUCGUGUGGAGGGCUUGCAUUCAAGAUGGCAGCUACUUUCUCUUCACUGGGCGCAACACCUUGCCUGCUCAGAUCAUGACCGAAGAAUGUAAGCUUGGGAAGACGAAACUGGCAUUUUUCCCCAUUCAAGGUUAGUCCUUUCUCUUUCAAUCGGGUCAGUACAGCAUGAAAAUUCCUGUUGUGUUCCUUUAUGCCACAACCAUGCACAAUCAAAUCAUCUGCCAAAUUAGCCACUCCCUCGCAACCAUGCAAAACAUCCGCCACAAUUUUCUGGUACUUUUCAGGCGCUGAUGGUACCCCGAACAUCAAACGUUUGUACCUGUACAAACACGGUGUGUAACAAAUGUUGUGAUCUCGCGCGAUCUUUCAUCUAAUUCCACCUGGUGGAAGCCCCACUUGAGAUCGAGCUUUGAGAAGACAGUUGAGCCAUUAAGGUCAUACAAGACUUCCUCAAUUGUAGGGAUGGGGUGUCCAACCCUCUCUAUUGCUGAAUUCGCCCUGCACAUGUCCAAACAAAUCCGAAUGUCACCGUCUGUCUUCGGGACAACAACCAACGGCGACACCCACUCAGUUGAGUUGUGUGACACCUCGAUGAUGCCUUUGGCUAACAGUUCAUCCAACGUCUCGUCAACCUUGGCUCUCAACCCAAAUGGCAGUCUCCGUACGGGUUGUGCAACCGGCGUGACAUCGUCUUUUAUAUGUAAUUUCAGCUGAAAAUCCUUCAGCUUCCCAACCCCUGUAAAAACCUCUCUAUACUUCUCACGGAUGUCGGCAUCACUUCCUUCAACAGUUAAUGAACACACAUCUGGACCGACCCUUAACAUGCCCAACUUCUCUGCAGUGUUCUUUCUGAGUAGAGAUCUUCCUGGACCUUUAACCACUGUGAAUUCGUCCACGCAACUGUUGCCACUGAUCUCGCACACAAUCUCAGACACAAAUGUCCCAAUCACCUCAAUAGGAUCUUUCUGUCCAUAAGCAAACAACUUUUUGCUUGAUUUCUUGGACUCACACUGGACACUCUUCUUCUUCAAAACUUCCCAGGUUGCUUGGUCAAUCACAUUGCACGACGCUCCAGAAUCAAUAAGUACUGCUGGUAACGUCACUCCUCCAACCUUCAAAUCAACUUCACUACCACCUGUAGGCUGACCGACUCCAACUGUAAAUGCAUAAUAAUCUUGUUGGCCAGUGGCUGAAUCCUCUGAUAGUUGAUAGGCUCUACCUCGUGUAUUAUUCCUUCCCUCGUGAUCUCUUGUAAGAGGUUUGCGUUCCUUUGUUUUGCAACAAACUGCAAAAUGUCCAAUCUCGCCGCAUGUGUUACAUUUCUUGCUACGGGCAGGACAAUUCGGGUCACGUGCCAUAUGGUCAGUGUAAUUACAGCUAAAACAGCCUCUCACUUUUGUCUCCUGGGAACCACUAGACGGUUUACCAGGCUUAUUUCCUCUGUUUCUACCCUGCGCUGUCCCUUUCCCUUUUCCUUUGCUCUGAGGUUUGCCGGAGACAGCAUUCACCUGACCGGAUGACUGAUCCAUAGCCUUGAGCUGCAUGUUCACUGCUUCCUGCACACGAGCCAAAUCUUGUAAAUCCUUCAGAGUGGCAUUUGUUUUCUCAAGGAACUUAGGGCGAAGUCUGGGGUCCCUGCAUCUCUCAAUAAGCUGAUCCCUUAUUGCCUCAUCAACAUUUUCAAACUCGCAGAAGAUCGCUUUCUGCCUCAACCGACAAACAAACUGAUCCACCGACUCUCCUGACGCUUGCUCCAUUUGCUUAAACUGAUGCCUUUCGAAUGGAACGUUCAACUGCGGUGCAAAAUAGUUAUCCAACAACUCCUUACUCUCAGCGAACGGCUUGAUAUCCAUACCGGUCAAUAACUUGUAAUAAAGCUCCUGAAAAUUCAACCCUCCAGUAUGCAACAGCAAUGUGGUUUUCUGUUCAUCUUUCGUAAUCCCUUUUGCCACCAAAUACAGAUUGAACGAGCGUUUCCACAACUUCCAGCGAACUGCAAGGGUGUUCGGAUCUUCCUUUGGAUUGAAGGGAGGAAGGCUGGCCACAUCAAGAAGAGGACGGUUGGCGAAGCUUGUGAACUUGAAGUUGUACUCGAAGUGGUUCCACUUUCCCUCAUCUUCCUGACAAAAUACUAGGACUUUCCGCACAAAUGACUUCCAAAACAUCCACUACCUCACAAAGCGAAUUGAAUCCUCGUCGCCAAUGUAACAAUGACGCCCUAAUGGCCGUGUAAUAAACCAAAUUUAACUUUGAAAGAAACUACACUUUAUUCGGCCGCCAUGACACCCGGAAAGCAUGGCCCACACAAAUAUUCAUGAUCCUUUGCACGUUUACAGUAACUUCCGAGAACUUUCGAGAACUUCCGCUAACACAACUUCCGGUAGACAAUACUAUCGAUACAUUGCAACUUCCUUAACUUUCUGUACUUUAAGGUGGCUCCGCAACCUCGUCCCCAGGGCGCUUUUCCCUGGCUUUGGAGGUGGGGCGGGAAAAGGCCCUGGCAUCGGCCGGUCACAUGACCACCACGCACCAAACACCCAGAAUUUGUGGGUACAAUAAAUUAGCAUACGAUUGCAUACGACAAAACAUCGAAGAUGGUGGGUAGACCAGAGUUUUUAUCAGUGCUUCGCCGGGUCGGAUUUUCCCUGAGUAACGGUAUUUUUCCAUCGCUUAAUUUUAAACCUUUUCAAGUAAAGUGUUUCGAAUCUAUCCUGAAAGGCCAGGAUGUUCUUGGAGUCUUACCAACUGGAUCUGGCAAGUCGAUGCUAUUUCACGGCUGUAACGCUCUCCUCAAGAUAAAAAACAACUAAAGUUGCUCUUGUAAAAGCAACGUAGCUGGUGAGCGAGUUUAUAAUUUAAUAUAAAGAGAGAUGUUCUUAAAAUCCCCGAAGCCAUUUAAUUGUAAUUUUGAGUGUCCUUUAAACUUUGCGAAGAAUAUCUUGUAUUGAAAUGGACGUAAUUAUCGAAAGCCUGCGAUAAAGUUAACGGUGAUGUUAUCACAACUACUUUGCAGUUGAAAUUUUCUAACAGAGCGGAUGCAAAAUCUUGAAUGUGUAUUUGAAGUAAAGCAAACGACUCAUUCAGUGGAUAAUUACUUAUCAGGACGGGGCUUAUUGUUCUGCACACAGUCCAUGUGCAUUUUAAGGAAGUUAAAUCGGUUUGAACAAAGAUGACUAGAUAAAGUUUAUUUUUAAAUUCAAGUUACAUUAUCUUCGAUAACAACUGUGCUAGAGUACAAAAGCGUGCACGCAGUUGAACACAGAGUUUGGUACAGACGAUCAUACUCAGCAGUUUAAACUCCACACUACAGAUUCACACAAGAGAAAAAGAAUAAUAAGAAGAAUAAAAUUUAAUUAAAAAGGAUUGGAGUAUUGACAUUUUGACACAGUAUACAAUUUUCUUGAUCACUUCUUGUUUCUUCUUUUGGCUUCGUGGCUUUUUAACUUUUGCUGUUAGUGCGACCAGUACUUCCCACAUUUUUUUUUGAAACAGAUAUCCGUUUAGCUUACCCGUAAGGUUUCAGCUUUUAAAUCUUGCAGUUUUUUGCUGAUUUCUAUCGUUUUGCAGCGAUUCAGCCGCGACUAACCAAUGUUUGUUUGUGUUUUUGCUAAAAAGUUCCCCGCUUUAGCCUCGCAAUCAUGCUGUGAAGUCUCUCGUCCCGGGGCCGUCGGGGAAUACGAAUAUCAUCUAUUAGUUUUUACACACUCAGUGAUCUUGGUAAUUCAAGCAAUUUGAUUGGUUAGCUAUCUCAGACUAUGACGUUAUAUUCACCGCGUUAGGCGGUGAAUAUAAAGCAGUGCAAAAUCGCUGUUGUGAACUGGGUGUUUUGCCAAAGUUUCAUAGUAAAGCCUUUUUGAAAAUACACGAAUAUCCAAGUGCUGAUGACUCUGAAGGCACGAAAAGGCUUCAUGGUGUUUAAACAGCGUGAUUUAUUGUGAAGUGGUUUACUGUAGCUGACGUUUUGUACGCUCGAAGCUAUGUUUACCACUACAGAGCAAAACGAGGCGCUUUGUCACUGUUUUGUGAUUUCGGGAUUUUCUCGCAAGACCAAUUUGCCUAUAAAUAGAAGUUAAUUUAAGAAGAAAAGAGGAAGGCAAAUAUUUUCGAAAAUUGCAAGUUAACAAGGCAAAGAACUUUGGAGAUAAACAACGCUCACCUUGUAGCCGCCGUUAACAGCAUUUGCAAGAGGCGACAAAGAAAACUUUCACAUUGACGGUGAGUUGACAGAAGCAAAUAAAGCUCUACUUUUCUUCUCAGAAUUGGGUAGUAAUUUAAAUUUUCAGCGUUUUCUUUUAAACCGUUGAUGCCAAAGCUUGCAAAACUCGAUACAAAAAGAUUACAACUAUCAUUUGCCAUGUUUGAAGAUACUGUAAAGAUCUAACUUUUGCGCUUCCACUGUUUACGGCUUCGUGUUCACGCAUGAAUUCACCCGUCAAUCAAACUAAUCGUUUUUUAAUGGUUUCCUUUCUGAUUCUGUUGAGAUUCAGUUUGUGUGAAUAUACUAAAACAAUUAUUCACCUCAGGCUCAGUUAAUAUUGUUGAAUAAUCCCCGAGACGAAGUCGAGGGGAUUAUUCAACAAUAUUAACCUCGCCUUCUGCGAAUAAUUGUUAAUUACACCAUCUUUUAGAUGUUCGAAAAUCCUAGGAGAGGCAGGCAAGCAAGAAAUUUUACAACAGAUGUUCCGAAAAUUCUAGAUCUCAAAUCGUCUUCCGAACAGAUAUUUUCCGAAUAUUGACGUUGGGUGCCCCUGACAUUUGCAAUAUUCAAGAACAUUCAUCUUAAAAGAAAUGUCCCUCAAGUAGAACUUCGCACAUUACCAAAUCACACGUCUUUAGUGAAACUAUUUCCAUUUGAACGUAAACAUCUUAAACGCAUUUAAGAUUUCCUUGAAAAUUAUGUUCAUUGAAACAUGUCUAAGUUGGUGGCCGUUCACUGUAUUUGUACUCUAGUUCGUUCUGUUGCGGUUAGCUACAGUGUUAUUACUAUACAAGUUAUGUUACAGUUUGUAAUUCCAAAACAAGCAAAUUCUUAGCGUUUCUAUGAUUAGUACCAUUGUUAAAAUACCCAUUUAGACCACCAAGAGAAUUAAAGUAUUUGAAUUAUUAAACAGUUUUUCUGUUUUUCCCUUUUUUCCUAUCAUUUGCCGUUAUCGACCCAACCCUAACAUGAGACACAUGCAGACAUUUUGUUCUUACUACAGUAACAAUUUUAAUUUGCUGCAUGCAUCACCAAUGUAUCCCACGUGAACGCUUCUAAGCAUCUUGUUGUAAAAUAUUUUUGUCUCAUUUCAGCUUUUCACGCAAACUCUACCUUUUUUAAUACUUAACCUCCAUUAUAGCCUUAUUCCAGUACCAUCCCUUGUCUAAUCUAUUACCUCUUCUAUACAAAUGCACGCUAUAGUCCUCUUUGAAACAAACAAAACUGAAGUAACGUCAGAUGUGCAAAAUAAAGGUUUUGGCUGAAAGGUGUGCAAGCCAACUUUUCUUCUCACGCGAGUAACCCAUUUUUGACAAACCACUGUACAUAUCUUUAGUGCUGGGUACUCCAAAUUUUGAACUAGGCAGACUUUGAGUCCCCUUUCAUUUUACUUACAGUAAAGCCCUGUGCUCUCAUUGCACCACCCAAACUUGCCCUGUAUUCAUUCUGACAAAAUUUUCCUUUCCUAAGUUUACAGCACAGCGAGUUCUCAAAAUCUCAAGGUUAAUGACAACAACUUACUGCUAGCCUGCACGUGUACCCCAUGGGUACCCAUUUUUAGUAAUGCUGGACACUGUUGUCAUCACCCAGCUCAAUCGUCGAUUUUCAAAUGUGCCUAAUUUUAUUCGAGAGAUAACUGCUUUGAGAUUGGACGUCUGAAUUAACUAAAUCCGACAGUUUCAAAUUAAAUACGACGUUGUCAAAUCUGCGACUCAAACAGUCGAAAAUUCGACUUAGGUUUAACAUUUGAUUUAGAAGUCGCAAUUCACAUGUGCCAAAUGUAAUGCAUUAAUUAUAGAAACCCUUAUAUCCAUAUUGGAUAAAACAUUUCUAGAGACUGGGAAUAUUGACAAUAAACGGAGUUAAAUUCGGCACCAUCAUAUCCGACGUCUUAAUCAACUGCCGUAUUUAAUUACUUUCAUCGACUAAAAUAGGUGUUUUCGGCACUCAUAAGAAAUUCGUUUGAACGUAGUUAAUUGAGUGGAAUGGUUAUGAAACCCGUCAGACUCCUUUGUUAUAUGUUUUUGUGGACCUGAAAGUGCACAACGUUCAAAAGAAUUCCUAUCAUUUUGAUUGUAUUGACCAAUAAAAACGUUGCAUUAAUUUAUUCCGUAACAAUUUGCCAACAGAAAACAAAGGAUUGUGCACUUUCACGGUACUUUCAACAUAAACUGCAGCACUAUUGUUCUUAUCAUUGAUGUUUGUCGCUUUUCGUAACCAGUCUCCUCUAAUAACUAUGGUUUGAAAGACCUUGAAAGGGGCCUAACAUGACGUAAGUUUCAGCUUAGUGGUUUGCAGGCUGUUAUUAAGUUGUUGUUUUCCUUUCAGUAAGAGCAAAACGUAUCUCUCUUUGUAAAUCCAUUUUAUUAAUCGGUUGUGCCGCGACUUAAGAAUCAGUUGUAAUAGUUGAUUUUACUUUCUCUUUCACCUGAUUUGUAUGUCACCGGACAUGAUUUGUAUAUCAAAAAGAGUGAUCACUUUUCGAAUCUUUACAUAGUGUAAAAGAAUUACAAUUUACUUUUACCGAUAUCACUUGUAAUAAUAAUAAUAAUCAUCAUCAUCAUAAUCAUAAUCAUAAUCAUAAUAAUCAUAAUCAUCAUAAUCAUAAUCAUCAUGAUCAUGAUCAACAUCAUCAUCAUCAUCAUCAUCAUCAUCAUCAUCAUCAUCAUCAUCAUCAUCAUCAUCAUUUAUAUAUCAUCACACAAGUGAGCCUGCUUGUAGGCUACUUUUGCUUUUGAAAAAAAAACUGAGCAUCCUUUACGUCUAUUAAAUGUUAACCAAAUCCACCUUUUUAUGAACAGCUUUGGCACCCUGCUCUCCAUGCAUUUUUUAGUAAAAUGCUUUAACGGCAUAAUUUUAUCCACAGUAUUGACACCGCAUUAGGAAUAAAAUGACUCAUCUGUACUUGAGUUAUUUCCAUGUUUAACGUUGUCUUGGCACACAUCUGGAUAUAUGUUAACAAAACCAAGAUGGAUUUUAUUUCUUUUGACAAUAAAAAUCUUUAAAGACGACCUAAAUUUUCUGGCAAGCGCGACUUUCCCAUAGAAAAUUCCUAUACAGAUCCUGUUCAAUGUCCGAGUCACAGCAAGAACCAGCAAUUUGUGACGUCAUUAAUGAAAAGCGCUAUUGGCAGGGUGAUCGCAUCUCCCUCCCUCUUUCCAACUUUUGCCGAGUUGGGACUAAAUGUAAUUUGACUAUAUUUUCUGGUUAUAUUUAAUUCACUUAAUGAAUGCAACCUUGCCGAAAGAGUAAACUGUGGACUACGUGUAUGGAUGUAGAUUCAUUUCCGUUAAUAAUAAUUAAUAUAUAGAUUUAGCCAGGGCUAAAAGCGAGGCUCCCAUUAAUAAAUUUAUAAUUUAAAUUAAACAAUAAACUUGUAUUCGAAUUCCACAAUUCAGUUAACUUUAGAGCACAUUUAUGUGACUUUUGAGGGAAAGGCUACCUGAUUUUAGAGAAAAAUAAUUUGCAAACAGCCCAAAGAGUGAGUCAAAUCUUACAUCGAGUUGAUAGCCUCAUAUGUACACCCAAAAACUGGUAAUCAUCUUCGGUCACAUAAUGGCUCUUGAUCACCGUAGAUUAAUUAGUGGGAAAAAAAUCAGGCCAACUUUUUUGCGUUCGACAAGUUUACUUUGCAAAAUCUUGUCAACAAAUCUGGGUGCGUGUAAACCAACCUUUAUACCAUUUAUACAUCACAUCUGAGGUGAAACAGUAGUAUGAGGCACUGAUUUUAUCAUACCGGCAGACCUCGGACAGAAAGCAGUAUUUCACAAUACAAAUUGCACUCAUCCAAUAUUCAUAAACUGUUAAAAAAAUUUCCAAAAUCACCUAUACGGCCAUCCGGUUCUCACUUUUGUAGUGCGAGCUGUGGCGAGUGUUUGAAUGAACAUUAACAGAGUUACGCUCCAACAUUAUAAAGAAUUUAUUCUGUUUAUUUUUUAUUUAAUGGUUUAUUGACGCGCGGCAUUUUGAGUACUGCUGCAAGCGAUCUUCACUGAACGACUGAAAACAAUCGGCACAGCGAUUAAAGUUACAAGAGAGACUACUAACAAUCAAUAAAAGAAACAUAAUUCGGUGAAACAUAUACAGAAACAACAAUUUUCAUUCAGGAAGACAAGUAUUAAAGUAUCCCUAAAAAUCCUGAGUCUUCAAGCUUCAAGCUUAAGUUUAUGUUUUAAGCCGGCUUCCCGGUGUUUGCUUUUUUCAAAGACGAACUCGAGGCAAGAAAAUCGCUCAAAAGUUUCUUUUCCGGCCAGAAUUAUAACUAAAUAUUCUUUGGAACGUUUUCUUUCUAUUUGCGGUGAGAAACUGUCUAAAGGCUUUUUAAAGUUCUGUAAGCUUAUAUCAAACCUGAUACUCGGUCAGAUCAUUGUCUCAAAUCUUACAAACGUGCAUAAACUAAAUGACCGCAUAAACUCCGCUCGACUUCAUUGAAUUAGAUCCAAAAAAACAAACAUCAAAUACAAUAAUUUCUCUUGCUUACCAUUUGAGAUGCAGCUCCUGAAAGGUAUCAAGAAAAGCCAGUAUCGCUUCAGACUUUGCUAUCCUCUUACGCAUCAAGCAAGGUGAAAACGAAAACGAUGCCAUCCGAAAUCGGAUUUCCGACUUUGACAAGCGACGUAUUCCUCAACCAAAAACCCAAUAAACAAACUAGCCAUGAAUAACAGAGGACUCCUGAUAGCAGCUGAAUUUCUUUUUGCACAUCCAGUGGAAAAAGACAGUUAAAAACAUCACAAGUUGACACAAAACUCUGUCAGCUUCAGCUGUCAAAGUAAACAAGAUUCAAAAUGCUGCAUAAAUUUGCCGCAUGAACUCACCUGUCAAAUUUUGACCAAUCAGAGCAUAAAAAUUGGACGUAGAGCGUGACCAACGCGUGACCAUGGUGAGAAAAGUCAAAAGCAACUGUCUUCCCUGCCUGUAACAGCUGGCUGAAUUUUCGCGUCCGAGGUCAGUUUGCAAUCAAAAUUUUAAUUGUGUAGCACAUAAACACAACAUAUUUCAUAUGAAUUUAGAAAAAAACUUGAACUUGAGCCUGCGAUCACUUGAAAACUAGUAACUUGUCAGCGGAUAACUUCAAAAAAUACUUGACCUCGAUGGGUCGACACCUGAGCCCGCGAUACGGUCAAGUGAUACUGCUCAGCGGGUACCCUGCUUUGACAGCUGUCAAUUGAUCAAAACAUUGAUGUCCAAUAUGUGUGCAUUAUCAGUUUAACUAGUAAAAAUAUGAGAUUGAACAUUGUUCGCGAUCUAGUAAAACAAUUAACUGGUCAGCGGACAGCUUCCACCUCGAUGAGUUGACACAUGAGCCCGCGAUAUGGUCAUGGGAUACUGGUCAGUGGCUAUCCUCUUUUGACAGCUGUCAAUUGACCAUAUUGUGAAUGCCCUAAAAUCCUAUAAUAAAGAUGUGGACUUGCCAAGCCACGCCUGAGACACCCCUCCCUUCCUUUUGAUAGUCUCUCCUACCCCACUCGUACAAUCUGUAGACGCGAACGUACGUAUGUACGUACGUACGUACGUACGUACGCUCGGUCAAUCACGUGACAACCAAACGAAAAGAGGUUGACCAUAUUCCAUGAGUAUGGGGCUCUGUCCCACGCGCGCUUCGCGCGCGCGGGAGCCCCGCUAUAAAAUUAUAAAUAUAAAAUAAUAAUUCAUCUCCAGAUAUUCUUAAUUUUUCUAAAAAAGACUUGUUAAAGUAAUUUUAUACAUAAAAGAGUCAAAAAUGCAGAGAAAGUCGAAUGAUUUGUCGGUGUCAUGGUGACGUCAUUUUCAAAUUUGUUUGGUCGAUCAGCUGUCAAACAAAUAAUGAAAUAUGCAAAGUCACGCAAAUCGUUUUGCUUUAUCGAUUAGUGUCCAAUUGGCCAUUAAGAGAUGGAGUCAGUUCCCCUAUUAGCAACAAUUCGUGCACUAACCACAUCAGCCCAGCUGCAAAGCCACUCUUGUUUUCCUAAUUGCUUACUGAAGAUAGAAUAAUUUGAAGAGGUUAGGGACAAAAUAUGAGACUUUUGUACGCAGUCUAUUUUUUCUGGAUUGCUGAUUGGGGAGCGAGGGCCGUAAACGUUUUCUGGCGCUUUCCGUUCAACAAAACUUCCGGUUUGAAAUUUCGGACAUUCUGCGUGUCCAGUGGAGGGAAUGAUACAUUCCUGUUGCACAGACCUGACCCAGGCCAGCGUGCGUUCCGUGCGUUUGCUCAUGCAAAUACAAACACAACAAAAGCUAAAACAAAACAGAAAUCGUCAUAGAAAUGGCAAAUUCAUUCACCAAAUCAUUCUAAACUCAUCGACCUAGAUUGUUCAGCAGGGUCACAUAAGAAAGAUAAUUGUGCUAUUUUAUACUCACAAAUGGAGGCCCGAUUCGUACAGAUCCUCACCAAUGUCUGCCAUAGUGAACAACGAUUUCGACAACAUAUCUGUCCAACGGUCAAACCCGAAAUAAUCCGUUCCAUUUAAUUUCUGAUCAAAAUUGCGCGAAAUAUGGGCUACAGCUUGUUGAUUGAUGCCCAAGGGUUGUUAACCAUUUACAGAAGGUUUCUGAAAAAUUCCUUUUGAAAGAAAAUGGAACACGACUUUUCGGGUCGUUUUAGUGGAAAAUUUCCAGGAGCCAGGGAACGUCUGAAAAGUCAGUCCUGUUUUUCCUGAUGGAAUGUUCCAAACGGAAAUUCGUGUUUUAUAGUUCUUCAAAGCCAUCUUUGGUGCCAGUACUUUUCAGAUUUUCGUGCCCUUUUUGCGGUGAAUGGAAUUUAUUUGUGCAAGUGCAAGGUAAACACGAUUCGGGGAUGAAAUUUACUAGUCCUGAAUUUUGCAUAACAUUUGCCCAAACCGUGAACGAACUAGUUUGCCUAUGUAAAUAGCAUACAACCAGAGUUUCCCACAUGUGGAUGCUUUUGAAAGGGAUGUUAACAACACAUAACGAUAACUCUUUUUUUUAUUCAGUGACAUCUGGUCGAGAAAUACAGUAGUAACAGAAAUGCAGCAAGUAAUCGAGAUAAAGCAAUGGACGUUUUGAAGUCCUGGAAAUUUUUGGAGGGGAAUAAUGCUAGUGUUGGCAGACUGGCAGAUGUUAUGGAGAAAUUGGGAAGAGAGGACGUCGCUGAAAUGCUGCUUAGUGAGUAAAGAAUUAAUUUAAUUUGAUCUUCACUAAGUCGACUGGGGACUUAAGGAGAAUAGGUGAUUCUUAGAUGCAUAUUAAAACGCCCAAAUUAAUCUGGCGCAAAAGCCGUACUGAGAGAACACGUCGAAACCCGUAGUGCGUCAUUCUCGCGGGAAAAUAUGGCAAUCUGCGGCCACUUCCUAGAUUUAGGCAAUUUGGUAAGCAGCAAAGACUUAGAUACAGUGAAACCCCACUCUAUGGACACCCGUAUUUUAGAGACAGUUUCGUUUGUCCUGACCAAAAGCACGUAUAUUUUCUUGAAAAUUAACCCGCGUAAUACGGACAACAGAGUUUUUCCUUUGUACCAAGUUUCAAACUUCAACAUAUCGUCAACCCUGCUGUAUGAACUGACUGUUUAUCUGAGGCCUGUCUAUGACUGGAUAUCUUAUCAGUGAAAACCUAAUAGAAACAGAUGACCUUUCAAGGUUAUACUCAGUCCACCUGGCUGAGUAGCAAACUAAACCACUAAACUAUAUUAUGGGGUGAAAUAAAGUGUUGUUGUUGUUGUUGUUGAGGGGAGGGGGAGGGAGAGAGGAAGAAAAGUGCGAAAGGAAAAAGGGAAGGGAGCGCCUGUUAUAAGGGCCGGGGAUUUUGUAUUCAGCCCACCAAUUUCUUUAUCUAAUCCGUUAACGUCAAUAGACAAAAUUCGCAUUCCCAGACGGUCCUAAGACGAGUAGGCCUCGAGCAUGAGUGCGACUCCCGAGGCUAAUGCUGGGACAUUUUCGCCAAGGGGACAAGCAAAUAUGAGAAAACUGCGACCGAGUUUGCCCAAUUUAAGGAAAAUUUUUAACGUUGUAAAGCUACGGAGGGCUUGCAUACUUGAGAGAUCAUUAUUUCAAACAACAAAAGGAAGGUGUGCUCGUUAUUACUGAGAAAAACAGCGAUCCUUAAGAGAAGAAGGAAGAGUGCUCGGUGAGCGAGUUUAUAAUUUAAUAAUAACGCAAAGGUGUUCUCAAAAUCCCCGAGGCCAUUUUAAUUUUACAUUUUUUAGUGUCCUCAAAACUUUUUGAAGAAUACUUUUUAUUGAAAUGAACGUACCUAUCGAAAGUCGGCAUUAAAGUUAACAGUGAUGUUAUCACACCUACUUUGCAGUUGAAAUGUUCUAACGGAGCGGAUUCAAAAUCUUGUGCCUUUGAAGUUAACCGAACAAUUAUGUUCGGUGGAUAAUUACUUGUCAGGACGGGGCCUAGCGUUCUGCACACAGUCCUUGAAUUUUAAGGAAGUUGAGACGCAAUCCACCAGGAAAUUGAGUAAUUUUAGUGGACAAAAACCUUGUACCGGAAUAAUUUAAAGCGUAUUGCAUUCUCUUUUACAUUUUUCAAGGGUUAAAGAUGUAAUUAGUCUUUUGUAAUAACACCAAAGAAAAUUUCUUAUGGAGCCCGAGAAAAUGAAUGUCAAAGUUCACAAAAUUACAUCUUACAAAUGAAAUUUUCAGAAUUUUUCCUGUGUUUACACAAUUCUUGUGAAAUUUGACAUUCAUUUUCUCAGACUCUCAUGAGCAAUUUUCUUUCGUGUCAUUUCAGAUGACUACUUGCAUCUUUAGCCCUUGAAAAAUGUAAAAAAGAAUGUAGUAUUCUUAAGAUUAUUUUGGUACAAGAUUUUUGUCUACUGAGAAUUAAAAUUACUCAAUUUCCUGGUGGAGUCCGUCUUAAAUCGAUUUGAACAAAGAUGUCUUGAAAGGUAAAGUUUAUUUACAAAUUUAGGUUACAUUAUUUGUCAACAUCUUCGAUCACGACUGUGUGAGAGCACAAAAACAUGCACGCACUUGAAUGCGGAGUUUUGUAAAGACGAUACUACUGAGCAGUUUAAACUCCAUUUUACAGGUACAAGUGAAAAAAGUUAUAAUUGCAAAAUUAUAUUAAGAGGAUUCGAAUAUUGACAUUAUGACACAAUUUACCAUUUUCUAGAUUACUUCUUGUUUCUUCUUUUGCCUUGGUGGCUUUUUAAUUUUGCUGUUACUACGAACGGCUCUUCCCACAGUUUUGUUAAUUGAAACAGGUAUCCCUUCAGCUUACCUUUUAUGUUUGAGCUUUUAAAUCUUGCAGUUUUUUCUGAUUUCUAUAGUUUUUCAGCGACUCAGCCGCAAUUUACUGAUGUUUGUUUGCGUUUUCGCCAAGAGGUUCUCCCAAUUAGCCUCGCAAUCAUGCUGCGAAGUCUCUCGUCCCAGGAUCGUCGCGGAAUACGAAUAUGGUCUAUUGUCAAUACGUGACCAAUCACAAGUAGGGGCGCUUCUCAGCAUGAUCCAUUCUUACGUGCCCAGGUUACUUUGUUUAAGCGGAAAAUGUCAGGUGAGACGCUUUUUUCAAAUGAUAUCAAAGUUGGCAAAAUAAUACGUGCAGCCUAGCUAAUAAGAGAAGCGACCAGUGCUCCAUGAGCAUCACCUAACCAAAGCGACAAUGACUGUGCACUAACUUUGUUACGAAACAUUGCAUUACGUGACUUUUAAACGUGACAUUCUAGAAGCUUCGCGAGAGUUCAUUAGUUUGUUUAUUUUAGGAUAUUGUGUAAGCGUUUCUAAAGCGGUAUAUUUUGUAAUCUUUCUAUAAUUAGACUAUUUGGAAAGUUCUAGAAUUUUAUCUUAAAAGUAUAUAAGUAGGCGAAUCCAAGCGAAGUGUUAACUAGUUUUCACGAGCGAAGGGAGUUUGACGUUAGUCGUGUUUAGUCAAGUGUGACGAAAGCAGUGUUUAUUCAAGUUGGCGGAGGCCGUGUAAGUUUAUCAAGUUAAUUGAAGUUGGCGGAGGCCGUGUAAGUUUAACGAGUUACGUGCUGUUGUGGAGUUUUAUUUCGUGGCAACUACGUUAAUUUUUUUGGAAUAAAUCUUCUUGUUGUUGUUCCGACAACCCUGCGUUCAGUUUAGUUUGCAAGCUACCCGUCCUCUAAAAGAUUACCCGCAUAACAUUGGGGGCCUGUCCGGGAGAGGAAUUCAAUUGUUUGCCGACUACAGUAACCAGGAAAGGACAGUUUAAGAAGAAGGAGUUACAGUGAAAGGAAGAAGAACUGCUACGAGGAAGUAUAUCGAGUGUGUUUGCUGUUAACUACUGCUGUGGAAAUGGAAAAGCUUUUGCAGAUAGGGAAAGAAUUCGGAUUGGAGGGAGAAAAGCUGCUCGAGUUUGUAGAAAAACAACAAAAGUUAAAAGAAGAAAGAAGGAGGGAAGAAGAAGAAAAAGAAGAAAAACGUCGAAAACUUGAGGAAGAAAGAAGGAGGGAGGAGGAAGAGAAAAAAGAAAAACGUAGACAAUUGGAAGAGGAAAAAGAAGAAAAGCGUAGAUUGUUAGAAGAACAAAAAGAGGAGAAACGUCGAUUACUUAAAGAAGAUAGGAGAAGAGAAGACGAAGAAAGAGAAACUAGGCGGGAAGAACGCGAACUGAGAAAAUGAGAGCUGGAAGCAGACCUGUUGAAACACGGAGAGGCUAUUGAAGCCGCUAAGAGAGAGUAUGAACUAGAGCUCGCUCGUCUAGCACAAGGCCGUAACGAUACCGAACGUGCUGAAGUGAGAGAGGAUAGGGCCAAGGCACCCAAGCUUCCCUCAUUUGUUGAUGGCAAGGACGACUUGGAUGCUUACCUACAACGAUUUGAGAGAUUCGCAACUACAGUUAAGUGGGAGAAGACAGGAUGGGCUUCGAAACUUAGUGCUCUUUUGUCUGGACGUGCCCUAGAGGUUUAUCGCGAUUAUCUGAGGAAGCAGCCCAUGAUUAUGACCGAGUGAAGUUAGCUUUCAUGAAGAGAUAUGACCUUACAGAGCACGGCUAUCGUCGUAAAUUUAGAGCAUCAAAGCCGGAAGUUGACGAGAGUCCUGAACAGGUUAUAGUGAGACUGGAUAGAUACUUGUUGCGGUGGUUAGAAGUGUCUAACACUGAACAAUCUUUUGAAGGCUUGAAAGAUUUAAUUGUGAAAGAACAGUUUAUUGACGCUUGCCCAAAAGAGCUAGCUAUUCACCCUCGUGAAAGAGCCCCGGAAACGCUGGUUCAGAUAGCGAAGAUCGCUGAUCAAUACUUAGAAGCACACGGAAAGCAUCUGUUCAGCUCCGGGAGCAAGAAGCCACAAGUACAGCCCAAGGCGGAGGAAACAAAGACUACACAGAGUGACGCAACAGCCCUACCGUGUGACAAGUGUAAUGCCCGCGGACACAAAGCUAUUAACUGCCCAACUCUAACUAAAAGGUCUUUCCUGUGUGGCAAGCAAGGUCAUGAAGUGAGGUGGACGAAAGUCAGGAGGCCAAGGUAAGGAUGGUAACCCUGUGCAACGUGGUCAAGUUAGUGCUGGCUGUUUGGUUAAGUCACGCGAUCUUAACGCUACCCCCGAGGAAGUCAAGUCGUGUAUUCAAAAUGAUCAGCUUCUGUUAGCCUGUGGCAAGAAAGUCCCGUUGCGGAGUAAUGCCUGUGUUGAACCCUUAACUGGAGUAAGAAGUAAGAUGCCCGUUGUAAAGGGUAGAGUUGGAGAAAAGACUGUUGACGUUUUGGGAGAUACUGGUUGCAGUGGAGUUGUAGUCAAGGACCUUGUUGGCGAGGAUCAGUUCACCGGAGACUUAAACGUUAUGCUGCUUAUUAACAACACUGCAGGGAAGGUGCCCAUAGCAAGAAUUUAUGUUGAUACGCCUUAUCUUAAGGACCACGUAGAAGCCCAGUGCCUUUCAGAUCCUGUCUACGACCCAGUUGGCAAGAGGCCCGUGCAGUAGCUACAAGAAGUCAAGUUAAGAAAAAGGAUGAACGCACAGCCUUGAAAGUGCCAAGUAGCCGUGAGAGCCCUAUUGUGGAUAGAGAGAAGCUCAAGCAGAUGCAGCGUGAAGAUUAGAGUCUGCGCAAGUACUGGGAUCGAGACAAUGUGCUAGUUAAGGGUCAGGCGGAGAUUGCAUUUGAAGAAAAAUGUGGAGUACUGUACCGUCUGUACAAGCACCCUUAUGUGAAUGGUGGUAAAGCGCUUAAACAGGUCAUGGUACCUGAAAAGUUGAGACGCCCCAUAAUGGAAGUAACUCACGGAUCAAUCAUUGGUGGUCACAUGGGCAUAAAGAAAACAACAGACAAGAUGCAGAAUGCGUUCUAUUGGCCUGGAAUUCAAGAUGACGUGACUCGAUUUGGCAAGUCCUGUGAUGUUUGUCAGACGACUGUAAGUAAGGAAUCAGUGCCGAAGGUACCGUUAGAAAAGAUGUUGCUGAUUGACAAACCCUUUAAGAGAGUAGCAAUAGACCUUGUUGGGCCUAUCAGUCCUCCAAGUGAAAACGGACUCAGGUACAUAUUGACGCUGGUAGAUUUUUACCCUUUACUCUACCCUGAGGCUGUACCACUAAAGAACAUUGAUACGGAGACUGUAGCAGAGGCAUUGGUAGAUAUCUUCAGCCGUCUCGGAGUACCCGAAGAGAUCCUGAGCGAUCUGGGCACACAAUUUGCUUGUGAUUGCAUGAGAGAAGUCACUCGACUACUAAGCAUUAAACAGCUGACAACAACACCCUAUCACCCGAUGUGUAACGGUUUGACGGAGAAGUUCAACGGAAUGAUGAAGUCUAUGCUAAAGAGACUGUGUAGUGAGCAGCCAAGACAGUGGCAUCCCUAUAUAAACCCACUGUUGUUUGCUUAUCGUGAAGUCCCCCAAGAGUUCACUGGUUUUUCGCCGUUCGAGCUGUUAGAGGACCAAUGACUAUACUCAAACAGCUGUGGACGAAGGAAGUUGAGGAGCCUGAAGUAAAGAACAGUUACCAGUACGUUUUCGAGUUGCGGGAGAAGUUAGAAGAUACUGUUAAACUCGCCCAUAGUGAAUUGGAGAAAGCCCAGCAGAAAGGAAAACACUAUUACGACCGCAAGUCUAAAGUUAGGAAGUUUCAACCAGGUGAGUCAGUGCUUGUGCUGCUACCUACCGACCAUAACAAGUUACUUAUGUAGUGGAAAUGUCCCUUUGAAGUUAGUUCAGUAGUAGGUCUCAAUGACUACGAAGAAAAAAGACAACACAAACCGCGUGUGCGUUGAUUAUCGGAAAUUAAAUAAACUAACGGCGUUGUUAAAGGUUUGUCUACAGUGGAAAGUGCACUUAGCCUAUCCAGCUAGUUUACAUGCACUUUACGCAAAUGAUCAGAGACAAAUAAGGAGGCAACCAGUUGGUUAUUUACAAGCAUGGCAGAAGAUUUGAACUCAGGAAUACUGAGAACAAAUCCAGCUAGCGGUCAGGGCGGGACUCUACUCGGUAGUCUAGCAGUUUCCUCUCGCUAGCAGAAGCAAUCUUUCCGCUUACAUGUAUUAGGGAGCUUAAGCAACAAAGACGGCGACGGCUACAAAAACGUCACUUAAAAGUGAAUUUGCGCUGCCUCAAACUUUAUCACGCUUGUUUAUGUUUCCGUCCUUGACAAAACGUGAAAUUAGGCACUUUCACGUACAAAAAGCGUUAUGCACGUGUAAAGUCGUUGUUUUGCUAAGAUAAACCUAUUGCUUUUUUGCCGGUCUCGUUGCUAUUGCCGUCGCCGUUGCUUAAUCUCCCUAAUUACAUUAACGGAUACGGCUAAAUUUAUUUAUACAACUUGCAAUUGCUGAAACAAUGGAAAUGUUAUUGACGAAAAUUUAGAUAACGAUCUGUAAUCAUCUUCGUCCUUGUUUCUUGUUACAAGCUAAGCUGAGGUUGUAACUAGUUUGAGAGUUAAAUGCGUUAAUAUUUCUGUAAGUCGUUGGAUCCAUUUGGUGAUAGACUUUAUCUUGUGGAAAAGGAAUGAAACACAUGAAGAUACGUUUCAUGAUCCUUGCAGUGAAUUUCAUAAUUAUUUAAGCAGUUUUAAAAGAAAGAAAAUUUUGCAAAAUCAGGCUUACCCACAAAGAAUGCAAAUCACUCAGAUCAACGAAGCGGAAAGGACUUGUCGACCUCACGUUGGUAACCGGUCAUUUCGCCUGAGUUACUUAGGCCUUUACUUGAUCCUGAGCCUAUGCCAACUGCUGAACAUUUGUUCCAGAAGCUUAGCGGAGACAAAUUCUUUUCAAAAAUUGACCUUAGCAAAGGAUAUUGGCAGAUAACUAUACCAGAGGAGGACAUACCGAAAACUGCGUUCGUAACACCUGACAGGUGGUACGAGUUUUUAAAGAUGCCGUUUGGAAUGAUUAACUCGGCGGCCACAUUGAAGCGUGCAAUGAAGAAAUUGAUAGAAGAUCUAGAUGAUGUCGAUUUCUACUGGGAUGAUAUACUGGUUCACCACGAGCCGAUGAAGUACAUGGACAGCGCAAAAUAUACCAACGCACGACUCACGCGAUGGGCGAUGUUUCUACAAAGUUACAAUUUCAAGGUGGAAGCUAUCAAAGGCUCAGAGAACGUUGGAGCAAAUUACUUGAGUAGAGCUGAAGAAUAAGUUUAUUGACAUUGAACUGCUCCUUAUUUAGCAAUUUUUUCUUGGUUAGGAGAAAUUUAGGGAAUUUCUUUUGAAAGAGGCCGGGCUAUGUUACGAAAAAUUGCAUUGCGUGACUUUUAAACGUGACAUUGUAGAAGCUUCGCGAGAGUUCAUUAGUUUGUUUAUUUUAGGAUAUUGUGUAAGCGUUUCUAAAGUGGUAUAUUUUGUAAUCUUUCUAUAAUUAGACUAUUUGGAAAGUUCUAGAAUUUUAUCGUAAAAGUAUAUAAGUAGGCGAAUCCAAACGAAGUGUUAUCUAGUUUUCACAAGCGAAGGGAGUUUGACGUUACUCGUGUUUAGUCAAGUGUGACGAAAGCAGUGUUUAUUCAAGUUGGCGGAGGCCGUGUAAGUUUAUCAAGUUAAUUGAAGUUGGCGGAGGCCGUGUAAGUUUAAUGAGUUACGUGCUGUUGUGGAGUUUUAUUUCAUGGAAACUACGUUCAUUUUUUUUGGAAUAAAUCUUCUUGUUGCUGUUCCGACAACCCUGCGUUCAGUUUAGUUUGCAAGCCACCUGUCCUCUAAAAGAUUACCCGCGUAACAAACUUUGAACUUUGAACAAAGGAAAGUCACCUUAGGCAAGCCCUUUAAUGAUAUGUUUAGUAAUCUAUGCUGUUUCUGUGCCCUGCAUGCAAUAUAAAUUAAUGUUACUGGGAAACGGAAGUUUUGUCUACCAAUCAGAUGUCUGACUGUAGCUGCUUUGCAGUGCAGAGGUCAGGUCCAAUCAUUUUUUGGGGGGCAAUCUUUAUUGAACCUGCUUACAGGACUUGAAGUUCAUGUAGUUUUCUUGAGCUGAAUUGAUAACAGAUAUUAAUCAAUUUUUAUUUGAGCAUUUCCGAGAAGUCUUUGACUUGGCUGCUACAAAAAAAGAAUCAUAAACAACGGGUUUUGCUUUCAGGGAACUCUGUCCUUAAGAAGUAAACUUCCUUAAAUUGUUCUUAGAGUUGUGAAUAAUAAUAAUUAUAAUAAUAAUUGUUAUUAUUAUUAUUAUUAUUAUUAUUAUUAUUAGUGAUUUUAUUGCUAAUGCCUUCAUUACUUAAUACUGUAGGUAAAAUGAUAUGUUACGACUUUGAAAUGCAUGGAGAGCAGGGUAUCAAAGGUGUUCAUAAAAAAAGGAGCUUUUGGUUAAAACUAGAGGCAAAGGAUAUGUUGUGGUUCAGUUUUAUCCUUGGUUUAAAUUUUAUUUCUUUUGUUUCAAACUCAUUAUCAUACAUUACCAUACCCAAAAACAAAAUAAAAUAAAAUUGAACCACAACAUAUACAGUUGGCUAAGCGUAAAAGCGAAGCUCCCGUCUAUACUGACUGAAAUAACUCUUUCAUUGAGCUAACGGAUUUACAUUAAGAUGGCUCCGUAAUUAAUACAAGAGCAUUUAGCUGUGACAAGUUUUCCGUCACAACUUUUUCGAUUUUAACGCGAUGACUGCGAAACUUUGCAAAAACAACGAUAUCAUUUAGCAAUAAUACGAAAUAUUCCGAUUUCAUUAAUGGUAAAUAUUUCUUGAGAAAUUAGCGCUCAAAAGGACCCUACUGUUCAAAGAAAAUCGCUCCUAGUAAAAAAUUUUGCUGAUAUUUUUUACUGAAAUUUCUGGUAUCGGCUUUAAUUGAUAUAAUAAAUAUGCCAGAGGAAUUUCAGAAAAAUCGUUGGAGGAGAAGUCCGUAACUAAAAGUCGCUCAAAAUUCAGCUGUGAAAUUGUUUUGGAAUUUAAAAAAUAGAUUACUAUCAGGAAGAAGGAGACACCAGUUUCAAUUUUCGGGACAAGUAAAUUCAGUGUUUCCUAAUUCUGAAAACAGAAGCCGAUUGCCUAUCGUGCUAUUCUUUAAAAGGUACUUUUCAGUUUUAAAAGCACUAUAAAUUGCUCCAAACUUUGCUUUGACAUCGAAUGACUUGUUCCUCGACAUUUUUAAAAUAUCCCUUGGCAGUUUUGGUUCAAACUCCUGCUACAUAUAUUUUGAUGUAUUGCAAUGCAUCCUCAACGGCUUUUCCUGCUGUUCGUUGUUUCCAAUUCAGGAAAAAGGUAUUGGGAUUGUAAGCUACCUUGUAUCGAAGCUCAGAUAGAACUGUCCAGCACCUUUGUUUCUGACCAGAAAACGAGCACGAGCGGCAGCUCUGCGAGGAAUUCCCACCUCAGCCAGGGGGGACGAAUGGCAAUGAUGCCCAUGUCUGUGAACCGAUCUGUAUAAACAUGUAUUGCAGAGCAAAACAUAACAAUCAAGAACAAAAUACCCAUUCAUUGAAGGAAGGAGUCACAAAAAUUUCAGAGUUGUAAAUUUAUUCACGGGCAGUAUUUUUCCGAUAAGUUUAUUUUGCACUGUGAUGCUAUUGGGUUCACAGGCAUGGUCAUCAUUGUCGUUCAGAAAAGGCAAAGUGUAUUGUUCAUCCUGGACUCAAUGACCACCUAAACUAUCUGAAAUAUUAUCUAGCACAAUAUAAACGUUGUGCAGAUGAUGUAACCGGCUCGGAAACAGAGUGUUCAGUUGAAACCCUUUCAUCGAGUGAGGCACUAGGAAAUAAAUUCCAAGAGCUAAAGCACAUAAAGAAUAAUCACCCCGAACGCAGCAACUACACCAGUGCGGAUUUAAAAAGAAUUGAAAAGCUUGAGAAAGCUUUUGAAGAAGGGAACAAACCACCAAGAAAAAUAGGAGAGUACUUCGUUGGUGUCAAUAAAAAUGUAUGGCCCCAGACUAAUGGCAAGGAAUACUUCAUCGAUGCUGCCAUUGCAAAGUUACCUGACGAAGAAGUAACACGUUCAAAACAAAGCCGGACAGCUAGUUUAAUUGAAAGUGAUAUCAAAAUAAGAGGUGAAUGCGAACCCGAAGAUAUACCAGCCAUAUCAGAGACCAAUAAACUUUGCAAGAAGAAUUGUAAACCGUUAAAUUCUUCGGCUUCAGUAUCAGCAGUACAUACACGAUGGUCUAUGUUGCCGAAAUCAUAUUUCACGCCUUACCCCAGGCUCCUCAUCUCAUUAAAACUAAUGAUAAAUGCAGAUUAACCUUGUAAGGAUAGAUUACAUCUCUAACAUUAGUUUCAGGAGAUGUACCCAUGGCCGCGCAGCAUUUAGUGAAAACAGGAGCGGAUCCAGGAUUUUUAUUAGGAGGGGGUGCACCACUAAGGAACUACCAUUUAAACGAUCAUUUUGAUGGCGUUUAACAUAAAUUCUUAAACCUCGUCUCAUGUUUUACUUCAACACCAAUAAACCACAAGGUUUUUUUUAGGCAGAAUACCAGUUGAAUCGAAAAGCCGCAGGUCAUCUCAGGGGAGGGAAUGCGUACCCCCUGCACCCCCCCCCCCCCCUUCUGCGCCCCUGAAAAAUAAAAUUAUUGUCGACGCUCAUACAAAAUUAUCUCUUCUUUUUAACAGAUGUGUUGCAAAUUAUUGUUCCCGAAAUAAGUCUUAACCGAGUCUUAACCCAGUCCGCACAUGAGGGAGAAUCCCUUGAAGACCCUAACGACAACAUUUCCAUGGAUCAAGGUGAACUGCAUAUAGCAAGCUUUAUUCCAUUUGGCGAGCGUAAGUUUCCAAAUGCAUUUGAGGGUUACUCCGUGGAUGUUGUGAAUGGAUUUUGGAUAAAAGCACGUAAACAACCAACAGAGGCACAAGAGCCAAGCGACGUGCUUUGUCUAGGAGCAAGCAUUGGUGUACAGGGAAAAGAAGCAUCGGGGACACUUGGUGCUAUUGUGAAAGACGGUAGCGCUUAUUAUGCUUUGUCCUGUGAUCAUGUAAUGAACUCAGAAAAGGCAAAGUGUAUUGUUCAUCCUGGACUCAAUGACCACCUAAACUAUCUGAAAUAUUAUCUACCACAAUAUAAACGUUGUGUAGACGAUGUAACCGGCUCGGAAACAGAGUGUUCAGUUGAAACCCUUUCAUCGAGUGAGGAACUAGGAAAUAAAUUCGAACAGCUAAAGCGCAUAAAAAAUAAUCACCCCGAAAGCAGCAACUACACCAGUGCGGAUUUGAAAAGAACUAAAAAGCUUGAGAAAGAUUUUGAAGAAGAGAACAAGCCGCCAAGAAAAAUAGGAAAGUGGCCCGAGACUAAUGGCAAGGAAUACUUCAUCGAUGCUGCAAUUGCAAAGUUGCCUGAAGAAGAAGUAACACGUUUAAAACAAAGCGGGACAGCUAGGUUGAUUGAAAGUGAUAUCAAAAUAAGAGGUGAAUGCGAACCCGAAGAUAUACCAGCCAUAUCAGAGACCAAUAAACUUUGCAAGAACAAUGGUAAACCGUUAAAUUCUUCGGCUUCACGAUCAGCAGUACAUGCAAGAUGGUCUAUGUUGCCGAAAUCAUAAUUAACGCCUUACCCCAGGCCCCUCAUCUCAUUAAAACUUAUGAUAAACGCAGAUUAACCUUGUAAAGAUAGAUUACAUCUCUAACAUUAGUUUCAGGAGAUGUGCCCAUGACCGCGCAGCGUUUAGUGAAAACAGGAGCGGAUCCAGGAUUUUUCUUAGUAGGGGGUGCACCACUAAGGAACUACCAUUUUAACGAUCAUUUUGAUGGCGUUUAACAUAAAUUCUUAAACCUCGUCUCAUGUUUUACUUCAACACCAAUAAACCACAAGGUUUUUUUUUGGCAGAACACCAGUUGAAUUGAAAAGCGGCAGGUCAUCUUAGGGGAGGGAAAGCGUACCCCCUCCCACCUGCACCCCCCCCCCCCUUAUGCGCCACUGGAAAGUAAAAUUAUCGUCGACGCUCAUACAAAAUUAUCUCUUCUUUUUAACAGAUGUGUUGGAAAUUAUUGUUCCUGAAAUAAGUCUUAACCAAGGCUUAACCAAGUCGGUAUAUGACGAAGAAUCCGUUGAAGACCCUAACGACAACAUUUCCAUGGGUCAACGUGAACUGCAUAUGGCAAGCUUUAUUCCAUUUGGCGAGCUUGCGUUUCCAAAUGCAUUUGAGGGUUACCCCGUGGAUGUUGUGAAUGGAUUUUGGAUAAGAGCAGGUAGACAACCAACAGAGGCACAAGAGCCAAGCGACGUGAUUUGUCUAGGAGCAAGCAUUGGCGUACAGGGAAAGGAAGCAUCGGGGACACUUGGUGCUAUUGUCAAAGACGGUAGCAGUUAUUAUGCUUUGUCCUGUGAUCAUGUAAUGAACUCAGAAAAGUCAAGGUGUAUUGUUCAUCCUCGACUCAAUGACGAUCUAAGCUAUCUGAAAUAUUAUCUACCACAAUAUAAACGUUGUGUAGAUGAUGUAACCGGCUCGGAAACAGAGUGUUCAGUUAAAACCCUUUCAUCGAGUGAGGCACAAGGAAAUAGAUUCGAAGAGCUAGAUCGCAUAAAAAAUAAUCAUCCCAAAAGCAGCACCUACACCAGUGCGGAUUCGAAAAGACUUACAAAGCUUGAGAAAGAUUUUGAAGAAGGGAACAAGCCGCCAACAAAAAUUGGAGAGUACUUCGUUGGUUUCAAUAAAAAUGUUGUAUGGCCCCAGACUAAUGGCAAGGAAUACUUCAUGGAUGCUGCCAUUGCAAAGUUGCCUGACGAAGAAGUAACACGUUCAAAACAAAGCUGGACAGCUAGGUUGAUUGAAAGUGAUAUCAAAAUAAGAGGUGAAUGCGAACCCGAAGAUAUACCGGCCAUAUCAGAGACCAAUGAACUUUGCAAGAACAAUGGUAAACCGUUAAAUUCUUCGGCUUCAGUAUCAGCAGUACAUGCACGAUGGUGCAUGUUACCGAACUCAUAUUAAAUGUCUUACCCUAGGCCCCUCAUCUCAUUAAAACUUAUGAUAAACGCAGAUUAACCUUGUAAAGGUAGAUUACAUCUCUAACAUUAGUUUCAGGAGAUGUGCCCAUGGCCGGGCAGCAUUUGGUGAAAACAGGAGCGGAUCCAGUAUUUUUCUUAGGAGGGGGUGCACCACUAAGGAACUACCAUUUUAACAAUCAUUUUUAUGGCGUUUAACAUAAAUUCUUAAACCUCGUCUCAUGUUUUACUUCAACACCAAUAAACCACAAAGUUUUUUUUUGGCAGAAUACCAGUUGAAUUAAAAAGCCGCAGGUCAUCUCAGGGGAGGGAAUGCGUACCCCCUGCCCCCUGUACCCCCCCCCCCCUUAUGCGCCCCUGAAGAAUAAAAUUAUUGUCGACGCUCAUACAAAAUUAUCUCUUCUUUUUAACAGAUGUGUCGCAAACUAUUUUUCCUGAAAUAAGUCUUAAUCGAGUCGUAACCGACUCCGCACAUGAGGGAGAAUACGUUGAAGACCCUUACGACAACAUUUCCAUGGAUCAAGGUGAACUGCAUAUGGCAAGCUUUAUUCCAUUUGGCGAGCGUAAGUUUCCAAAUGCAUUUGAGGGUUACCCCGUGGAUGUUGUGAAUGGAUUUUCGAUAAAAGCAGGUAAACAACCAACAGAGGCACAAGAGCCAAGCGACGUGCUUUGUCUAGGAGCAAGCAUUGGCGUACAGGGAAAGAAAGUAUCGGGGACACUAGGUGCUAUUGUCAAAGACGGUAGCAGUUAUUAUGCUUUGUCCUGUGAUCAUGUAAUGAACUCAGAAAAGUCAAGGUGUAUUGUUCAUCCUCGACUCAAUGACGAUCUAAACUAUCUGAAAUAUUAUCUACCACAAUAUAAACGUUGUGUAGAUGAUGUAACCGGCUCGGAAACACAGUGUGCAGUUGAAACCCUUUCAUCGAGUCAGGCACAAGGAAAUAGAUUCGAAGAGCUAGAUCGCAUAAAAAAUAAUCAUCCCAAAAGCAGCAACUACACCAGUGCGGAUUCGAAAAGACUUACAAAGCUUGAGAAAGAUUUUGAAGCAGGGAACAAGCCGCCAACAGAAAUUGGAGAGUACUUCGUUGGUUUCAAUAAAAAUGUUGUAUGGCCCCAGACUAAUGGCAAGGAAUACUUCAUGGAUGCUGCCAUUGCAAAGUUGGCUGACAAAGAAGUAACACGUUCAAAACAAAGCGGGACAGCUAGGUUGAUUGAAAAUGAUAUCAAAAUAAGAGGUGAAUGCGAACACGAAGAUAUACCGGCCAUAUCAGAGACCAAUAAACUUUGCAAGAACAAUGGUAAACCGUUAAAUUCUUCGGCUUUAGUAUCAGCAGUACAUGCACGAUGGUGUAUGUUUCCGAAAUCAUAUUUAAUGUCUUACCCUAGGCCCCUCAUCUCAUUAAAACUUAUGAUAAAUGCAGAUUAACCUUGUAAAGAUAGAUUACAUCUCUAACAUUAGUUUCAAGAGAAGUGCCCAUGGCCGCGCAUCAUUUAGUGAAAACAGGAGCGGAUCCAGGAUUUUUCUUAGGAGGGGGUGCACCACUAAGGAACUACCAUUUUAACGAUCAUUUUGAUGGCGUUUAACAUAAAUUCUUAAACCUCGUCUCAUGUUUUACUUCAACACCAAUAAACCACAAAGUUUUUUUUUUGGCAGAAUACCAGUUAAAUUAAAAAGCUGCAUUUCAUGUCAGGGAAGGGAAAGCGUACCCCCUGCCCCCUCCACCCUCCUCGCCCCCUGGUGCGCCCCUAAAAAGUUAUGGUCGACGCUCAUAGAAAAUUAUCUUUUCUUUUUAACAGAUGUGUUGCAAAUUAUUGUUCCUGAACCAAGUCUUAACCGAGUCUUAACCGAGAACGCAUAUAAGGGAGAAUCCGUUGAGGACCCUUACGACAACAUUUCCAUGGAUCCAGGUGAACUGCCUAUGGCAAGUGGAGUGACAGACAUUCGUGCAGCAACCAUGAUGUUUGAAGGUAAGCACGAGGAAUGCAUUCGUUUGUUGCCGUAUACAAAGGAUGGUCAGAUUGUGGUUCAGUUUUAUGUCUAUAGUGGUGAGUCUGGUAUUCCCAAAGAUUUAAGGAAAGAAGCCCAAACGUUUUUCGAAGAUAUGCAUGUAAAGCUGGAAUGGUCAGAUCUGUAUAACGACAGCGUCAACAUACUGAAUGUUCAACGACUCAAGUAUCCAUUUGGCAAACCCACACCACUGACUGCUUCUCAGGUUGACGAAAUGAAUCAAGUGUUUGAAAACAAGCUUCCUGAACUGUCUAAGCAUCGCAAUGUUACCUAUGUGCAGGCCUCUUUCAAAAUCACAGAUUCCACGCAAACAGAUUAGCCUUGUAUUGCGAUUUAUGUGCUCGGUAAAGGCUUUAUUCCAGUUGGCGAGCUUGCGUUACCAAAUGCUUUUGAGGGUUACCCCGUUGAUGUUGUGAAUGGAUUUUGGAUAAGAGCAGGUAAACGGCCAACAGAGGCAAAAGAGCCAAGCGACGUGCUUUGUUUAGGAGCAAGCAUUGGCGUACAGGGAAAGAAAGCAUUAGGGGACACUAGGUGCUAUUGUGAAAGACGGUAGCACUUAUUAUGCUUUGUCCUGUGAUCAUGUAAUGAACUCAGAAAAGGCAAAGUGUAUUGUUCAUCCUGGACUCAAUGACCACCUAAACUAUCUGAAAUAUUAUCUAGCACAAUAUAAACGUUGUGUAGAUGAUGUAACCGGCUCGGAAACAGAGUGUUCAGUUGAAACCCUUUCAUCGAGUGAGGCACUAGGAAAUAAAUUCGAAGAGUUAAAGCGCAUAAAAAAUAAUCACCUCGAAAGCAGCAACUACACCAGUGCGCAUUUGAAAAGAACUAAAAAGCUUGAGAGAGAUUUUGAAGAAGGGAACAAGCCGCCAAGAAAAAUAGCAGAGUACUUCGUUGGUGUCAAUAAAAAUGUUGUAUAGCCCCAGACUAAUGGCAAGGAAUACUUCAUCGAUGCUGUCAUUGCAAAGUUGCCUGACGUACAAGUAACACGUUUAAAACAAAGCCGGACAGCUAGGUUGAUUGAAAGUGAUAUCAAAAUAAGAGGUGAAUGCGAACCCGAAGAUAUAGCGGCCAUAUCAGAGACCAAUAAACUUUGCAAGAACAAUGGUAAACCGUUAAAUUCUUCGGCUUCAGUAUCAGCAGUACAGCACGAUAGUGUAUGUUGCCGAAAUCAUAUUUAAUGUCUUACCCCAGGCCCCUCAUCUCAUUAAAACUUAUGAUAAAGGCAGAUUAACCUUGUAAAGGUAGAUUACAUCUCUAACAUUAGUUUCAGGAGAUGUGCUCAUGGCCGCGCAGCAUUUAGUGAAAACAGGAGCGGAUCCAGGAUUUUUCUUAGGAGGGGGUGCACCACUAAGGAACUACCAUUUUAACGAUCAUUUCGAUGGCGUUUAACAUAAAUUCUUAAACCUCGUCUCAUGUUUUACUUCAACACCAAUAAACCACAAAGUUUUUUUUUGGCAGAAUACCAGGUGAAUUAAAUAGCCGCAGGUCAUCUCAGGGAAGGGAAAGCGUACCCCCUGCUCCCUGCACCCUCCUCGCCCCCUGAUGCGCCCCUAAAAAGUUAUUGUCGACGCUCAUACAAAAUUAUCUUUUCUUUUUAACAGAUGUGUUGCAAAGUCUUAACCGAGUCUUAACCGAGACCGCAUAUAAGGGAGAAUCCGUUCAAGACCCUUACGACAACAUUUCCAUGGAUCUAGGUGAACUGCCUGUGGCAAGUGGAGUGACAGACAUUCGUGCAGCAACCAUGAUGUUUGAAGGUAAGCACGAAGAAUGCAAUAGUGUGUUGCCAUAUACAAAUGAUGGUCAGAUUGUGGUUCAGUUUUAUGUCUAUAGUGGUGAGUCUGGUAUUCCCAAAGAUUUAAGGAAAGAAGCCCAAACGUUUUUCGAAGAUAUGCAUGUGAAGCUGGAAUGGUCAGAUCUGUAUAACGACAGCGUCAACAUACUGAAUGUUCAACGACUGAAGUAUCAAUUUGAAAAACCCACACCACUGACCGUUUCUUAGGUUAACGAAAUGAAUCAAGUGUUUGAAAACAAGCUUCCUGAACUUUCUAAGCAUCGCAAUGUUACCUACGUGCAGGCCUCUAUCAAAAUCACAGAUUCCACGCAAACAGAUAAGCCUUGUAUUACGAUUGAUGUGCUCGGGAAAGGCUGUAUUCCAUUUGGCGAGCUUGCGUUUCCAAAUGCAUUUGAGGGUAACCCCGUGGAUGUUGUGAAUGGAUUUUGGAUAAGAGCAGGUAAACGACCAACAGAGGCAAAAGAGCCAAGCGACAUGCUUUGUUUAGGAUCAAGCAUUGGCGUACAGGGAAAGAAAGCAUCGGGGACACUAGGUGCUAUUGUGAAAGACGGUAGCACUUAUUGUGCUUUGUCCUGUGAUCUUGUAAUGAACUCAGAAAAGGCAAAGUGUAUUGUUCAUCCUGGACUCAAUGACCACCUAAACUAUCUGAAAUAUUAUCUAGCACAAUACAAACGUUGUGUAGAUGAUGUAACCGGCUCGGAAACAGAGUGUUCAGUUGAAACCCUUUCAUCGAGUGAGGCACAAGGAAAUAGAUUCGAGCAGCUAGAUCGCAUAAAAAAUAAUCAUCCCAAAAGCAGCAACUACACCAGUGCGGAUUUGAAAAGACUUACAAAGUUUGAGAAAGAUUUUGAAGAAGGUAACAAGGCGCCAAGAAAAAUAGGAGAGUACUUCGUUGGUGUCAAUAAGAAUGUUGUAUGGCCCCAGACUAAUGGCAAGGAAUACUUCAUCGAUGCUGUCAUUGCAAAGUUGCCUGACGUACAAGUAACACGUUUAAAACAAAGCCGGACAGCUAGGUUGAUUGAAAGUGAUAUCAAAAUAAGAGGUGAAUGCGAACCCGAAGAUAUAGCGGCCAUAUCAGAGACCAAUAAACUUUGCAAGAACAAUGGUAAACCGUUAAAUUCUUCGGCUUCAGUAUCAGCAGUACAGCACGAUAGUGUAUGUUGCCGAAAUCAUAUUUAAUGUCUUACCCCAGGCCCCUCAUCUCAUUAAAACUUAUGAUAAAGGCAGAUUAACCUUGUAAAGGUAGAUUACAUCUCUAACAUUAGUUUCAGGAGAUGUGCUCAUGGCCGCGCAGCAUUUAGUGAAAACUGGAGCGGAUCCAGGAUUUUUCUUAGGAGGGGGUGCACCACUAAGGAACUACCAUUUUAACGAUCAUUUUGAUGGCGUUUAACAUAAAUUCUUAAACCUCGUCUCAUGUUUUACUUCAACACCAAUAAACCACAAAGUUUUUUUUUGGCAGAAUACCAGGUGAAUUAAAUAGCCGCAGGUCAUCUCAGGGAAGGGAAAGCGUACCCCCUGCUCCCUGCACCCUCCUCGCCCCCUGAUGCGCCCCUAAAAAGUUAUUGUCGACGCUCAUACAAAAUUAUCUUUUCUUUUUAACAGAUGUGUUGCAAAGUCUUAACCGAGUCUUAACCGAGACCGCAUAUAAGGGAGAAUCCGUUCAAGACCCUUACGACAACAUUUCCAUGGAUCUAGGUGAACUGCCUGUGGCAAGUGGAGUGACAGACAUUCGUGCAGCAACCAUGAUGUUUGAAGGUAAGCACGAAGAAUGCAAUAGUGUGUUGCCAUAUACAAAUGAUGGUCAGAUUGUGGUUCAGUUUUAUGUCUAUAGUGGUGAGUCUGGUAUUCCCAAAGAUUUAAGGAAAGAAGCCCAAACGUUUUUCGAAGAUAUGCAUGUGAAGCUGGAAUGGUCAGAUCUGUAUAACGACAGCGUCAACAUACUGAAUGUUCAACGACUGAAGUAUCAAUUUGAAAACCCACACCACUGACCGUUUCUUAGGUUAACGAAAUGAAUCAAGUGUUUGAAAACAAGCUUCCUGAACUUUCUAAGCAUCGCAAUGUUACCUACGUGCAGGCCUCUUUCAAAAUCACAGAUUCCACGCAAACAGAUAAGCCUUGUAUUACGAUUGAUGUGCUCGGGAAAGGCUGUAUUCCAUUUGGCGAGCUUGCGUUUCCAAAUGCAUUUGAGGGUAACCCCGUGGAUGUUGUGAAUGGAUUUUGGAUAAGAGCAGGUAAACGACCAACAGAGGCAAAGAGCCAAGCGACAUGCUUUGUUUAGGAUCAAGCAUUGGCGUACAGGGAAAGAAAGCAUCGGGGACACUAGGUGCUAUUGUGAAAGACGGUAGCACUUAUUGUGCUUUGUCCUGUGAUCUUGUAAUGAACUCAGAAAAGGCAAAGUGUAUUGUUCAUCCUGGACUCAAUGACCACCUAAACUAUCUGAAAUAUUAUCUAGCACAAUACAAACGUUGUGUAGAUGAUGUAACCGGCUCGGAAACAGAGUGUUCAGUUGAAACCCUUUCAUCGAGUGAGGCACAAGGAAAUAGAUUCGAGCAGCUAGAUCGCAUAAAAAAUAAUCAUCCCAAAAGCAGCAACUACACCAGUGCGGAUUUGAAAAGACUUACAAAGUUUGAGAAAGAUUUUGAAGAAGGUAACAAGGCGCCAAGAAAAAUAAGAGAGUACUUCGUUGGUGUCAAUAAGAAUGUUGUAUGGCCCCAGACUAAUGGCAAGGAAUACUUCAUCGAUGCUGCCAUUGCAAAGUUGCCUGACGAAGAAGUAACACGUUUAAAACAAAGCCGGACAGUUAGGUUGAUUGAAAUUGAUAUCAAAAUAAGAGGUGAAUGCGAACCCGAAGAUAUACCGGCCAUAUCAGACAGCAAUAAACUUUGCAAGAACGAUGGUAAACCGUUAAAUUCUUCGGCUUCAGGAUCAGCAGUACAUGCACGAUGGUCUAUGUUGCCGAAAUCUUAAUUAACGCCUUACCCCAGGCCCCUCAUCUCAUUAAAACUUAUGAUAAACGCAGAUUAACCUUGUAAAGGUAGAUUACAUCACUAACAUUAGUUUCAGGAGAUGUGCCCAUGGCCGCGCAGCAUUUGGUGAAAACAGGAGCGGAUCCAGUAUUUUUCUUAGGAGGGGGUGCAGCACUAAGGAACUGCCAUUUUAACAAUCAUUUUGAUGGCGUUUAACAUAAAUUCUUAAACCUCGUCUGAUGUUUUACUUCAACACCAAUAAACCACAAAGUUUUUUUUUGGCAGAAUACCAGUUGAAUUAAAAAGCCGCAGGUCAUCUCAGAGGAGGGAAUGCGUACCCCCUGCCCCCUGCCCCCCCCUUAUGCGCCCCUGAAGAAUAAAAUUAUUGUCGACGCUCAUACAAAAUUAUCUCUUCUUUUUAACAGAUGUGUCGCAACCUAUUGUUCCUGAAAGAAGUCUUAAUCGAGUCGUAACCGACUCCGCACAUGAGGGAGAAUACAUUGAAGACCCUUACGAUAACAUUUCCAUGGAUCAAGGUGAACUGCAUAUGGCAAGCUUUAUUCCAUUUGGCGAGCGUAAGUUUCCAAAUGCAUUUGAGGGUUACCCCGUGGAUGUUGUGAAUGGAUUUUCGAUAAAAGCAGGUAAACAACCAACAGAGGCACAAGAGCCAAGCGACGUGCUUUGUCUAGGAGCAAGCAUUGGCGUACAGGGAAAGAAAGUAUCGGGGACACUAGGUGCUAUUGUCAAAGACGGUAGCAGUUAUUAUGCUUUGUCCUGUGAUCAUGUAAUGAACUCAGAAAAGUCAAGGUGUAUUGUUCAUCCUCGACUCAAUGACGAUCUAAACUAUCUGAAAUAUUAUCUACCACAAUAUAAACGUUGUGUAGAUGAUGUAACCGGCUCGGAAACAGAGUGUCCAGUUGAAACCGUUUCAUCGAGUGAGGCACAAGGAAAUAGAUUCGAAGAGCUAGAUCGCAUAAAAAAUAAUCAUCCCAAAAGCAGCAACUACACCAGUGCGGAUUCGAAAAGACUUACAAAGCUUGAGAAAGAUUUUGAAGAAGGGAACAAGCCGGCAACAAAAAUUGGAGAGUACUUCGUUGGUUUCAAUAAAAAUGUUGUAUGGCCCCAGACUAAUGGCAAGGAAUACUUCAUGGAUGCUGCCAUUGCAAAGUUGGCUGACAAAGAAGUAACACGUUCAAAACAAAGCCGGACAGCUAGGUUGAUUGAAAAUGAUAUCAAAAUAAGAGGUGAAUGCGAACACGAAGAUAUACCGGCCAUAUCAGAGACCAAUAAACUUUGCAAGAACAAUGGUAAACCGUUAAAUUCUUCGGCUUCAGUAUCAGCAGUACAUGCACGAUGGUGUAUGUUUCCGAAAUCAUAUUUAAUGUCUUACCCCAGGCCCCUCAUCUCAUUAAAACGUAUGAUAAAUGCAGAUUAACCUUGUAAAGAUAGAUUACAUCUCUAACAUUAGUUUCAAGAGAUGUGCCCAUGGCCGCGCAGCAUUUAGUGAAAACAGGAGCGGAUCCAGGAUUUUUCUUAGGAGGGGGUGCACCACUAAGGAACUACCAUUUUAACGAUCAUUUUGAUGGCGUUUAACAUAAAUUCUUAAACCUCGUCUCAUGUUUUACUUCAACACCAAUAAACCACAAAGUUUUUUUUUGGCAGAAUACCAGUUGAAUUAAAAAGCCGCAGGUCAUCUCAGGGAAGGGAAUGCGUACCCCCUGCCCCCUGCCUCCCCCCUCCCCUUAUGCGCCUCUGAAGAAUAAAAUUAUUGUCGACGCUCAUACAAAAUUAUCUCUUCUUUUUAACAGAUGUGUCGCAAAUUAUUGUUCCUGAAAUAAGUCUUAACCGAGUCGUAACCGACUCCGCACAUGAGGGAGAAUACGUUGAAGACCCUUACGACAACAUUUCCAUGGAUCAAGGUGAACUGCAUAUGGCAAGCUUUAUUCCAUUUGGCGAGCGUAAGUUUCCAAAUGCAUUUGAGGGUUACCCCGUGGAUGUUGUGAAUGGAUUUUCAAUAAAAGCAGGUAAACAACCAACAGAGGCACAAGAGCCAAGCGACGUGCUUUGUCUAGGAGCAAGCAUUGGCGUACAGGGAAAGGAAGCAUCGGGGACACUAGGUGCUAUUGUCAAAGACGGUAGCAGUUAUUAUGCUUUGUCCUGUGAUCAUGUAAUGAACUCAGAAAAGUCAAGGUGUAUUGUUCAUCCUCGACUCAAUGACGAUCUAAACUAUCUGAAAUAUUAUCUACCACAAUAUAAACGUUGUGUAGAUGAUGUAACCGGCUCGGAAACAGAGUGCGCAGUUGAAACCCUUUCAUCGAGUGAGGCACAAGGAAAUAGAUUCGAAGAGCUAGAUCGCAUAAAAAAUAAUCAUCCCAAAAGCAACAACUACGCCAGUGCGGAUUCGAAAAGACUUACAAAGCUUGAGAGAGAUUUUGAAGAAGGGAACAAGCCGUCAACAAAAAUUCGAGAGUACUUCGUUGGUUUCAAUAAAAAUGUUGUAUGGCCCCAGACUAAUGGCAAGGAAUACUUCAUGGAUGCUGCCAUUGCAAAGUUGGCUGACAAAGAAGUAACACGUUCAAAACAAAGCCGGACAGCUAGGUUGAUUGAAAAUGAUAUCAAAAUAAGAGGUGAAUGCGAACACGAAGAUAUACCGGCCAUAUCAGAGACCAAUAAACUUUGCAAGAACAAUGGUAAACCGUUAAAUUCUUCGGCUUCAGUAUCAGCAGUACAUGCACGAUGGUGUAUGUUUCCGAAAUCAUAUCUAAUGUCUUACCCCAGGCCCCUCAUCUCAUUAAAACGUAUGAUAAAUGCAGAUUAACCUUGUAAAGAUAGAUUACAUCUCUAACAUUAGUUUCAAGAGAUGUGCCCAUGGCCGCGCAGCAUUUAGUGAAAACAGGAGCGGAUCCAGGAUUUUUCUUAGGAGGGGGUGCACCACUAAGGAACUAACAUUUUAACGAUCAUUUUGAUGGCGUUUAACAUAAAUUCUUAAACCUCGUCUCAUGUUUUACUUCAACACCAAUAAACCACAAAGUUUUGUUUUGGCAGAAUACCAGUUAAAUUAAAAAGCUACAUUUCAUGUCAGGGGAGGGAAAGCGUACCGCCUGCCCCCUGCACCCUCCUCGCCCCCUGAUGCGCCCCUAAAAAGUUAUGGUCGACGCUCAUAGAAAAUUAUCUUUUCUUUUUAACAGAUGUGUUGCAAAGUAUUGUUCCCGAACCAAGUCUUAACCGAGUCUUAACCGAGAACGCAUAUAAGGGAGAAUCCGUUGAGGACCCUUACGACAACGUUUCCAUGGAUCCAGGUGAACUGCCUAUGGCAAGUGGAGUGACAGACAUUCGUGCAGCAACCAUGAUGUUUGAAGGUAAGCACGAGGAAUGCAUUCGUUUGUUGCCGUAUACAAAGGAUGGUCAGAUUGUGGUUUAGUUGUAUGUCUAUAGUGGUGAGUCUGGUAUUCCCAAAGAUUUAAGGAAAGAAGCCCAAACGUUUUUCGAAGAUAUGCAUGUGAAGCUGGAAUGGUCAGAUCUGUAUAACGACAGCGUCAACAUACUGAAUGUUCAACGACUCAAGUAUCCAUUUGGCAAACCCACACCACUGACUGCUUCUCAGGUUGACGAAAUGAAUCAAGUGUUUGAAAACAAGCUUCCUGAACUUUCUAAGCAUCGCAAUGUUACCUAUGUGCAGGCCUCUUUCAAAAUCACAGAUUCCACGCAAACAGAUAAGCCUUGUAUUACGAUUUAUGUGCUCGGUAAAGGCUUUAUUCCAUUUGGCGAGCUUGCGUUUCCAAAUGCAUUUGAGGGUUACCCCGUUGAUGUUGUGAAUGGAUUUUGGAUAAGAGCAGGUAAACGGCCAACAGAGGCAAAAGAGCCAAGCGACGUGCUUUGUUUAGGAGCAAGCAUUGGCGUACAGGGAAAGAAAGCAUUAGGGGACACUAGGUGCUAUUGUGAAAGACGGUAGCACUUAUUAUGCUUUGUCCUGUGAUCAUGUAAUGAACUCAGAAAAGGCAAAGUGUAUUGUUCAUCCUGGACUCAAUGACCACCUAAACUAUCUGAAAUAUUAUCUAGCACAAUAUAAACGUUGUGUAGAUGAUGUAACCGGCUCGGAAACAGAGUGUUCAGUUGAAACCCUUUCAUCGAGUGAGGCACUAGGAAAUAAAUUCGAAGAGUUAAAGCGCAUAAAAAAGAAUCACCUCGAAAGCAGCAACUACACCGGUGCGCAUUUGAAAAGAACUAAAAAGCUUGAGAGAGAUUUUGAAGAAGGGAACAAGCCGCCAAGAAAAAUAGCAGAGUACUUCGUUGGUCUCAAUAAAAAUGUUGUAUAGCCCCAGACUAAUGGCAAGGAAUACUUCAUCAAUGCUGUCAUUGCAAAGUUGCCUGACGUACAAGUAACACGUUUAAAACAAAGGCGGACAGCUAGGUUGAUUGAAAGUGAUAUCAAAAUAAGAGGUGAAUGCGAACCUGAAGAUAUACCGGCCGUAUCAGAGACCAAUAAACUUUGCAAGAACAAUGGUAAACCGUUAAAUUCUUCGGCUUCAGUAUCAGCAGUACAGCACGAUAGUGUAUGUUGCCGAAAUCAUAUUUAAUGUCUUACCCCAGGCCCCUCAUCUCAUUAAAACUUAUGAUAAACGCAGAUUAACCUUGUAAAGAUAGAUUACAUCUCUAACAUUAGUUUCAGGAGAUGUGCUCAUGGCCGCGCAGCAUUUAGUGAAAACAGGAGCGGAUCCAGGAUUUUUCGUAGGAGGGGGUGCACCACUAAGGAACUACCAUUUUAACGAUCAUUUUGAUGGCGUUUAACAUAAAUUCUUAAACCUCGUCUCAUGUUUUACUUCAACACCAAUAAACCACAAAGUUUUGUUUUGGCAGAAUACCAGGUGAAUUAAAUAGCCGCAGGUCAUCUCAGGGAAGGGAAAGCGUACCCCCUGCUCCCUGCACCCUCCUCGCCCCCUGAUGCGCCCCUAAAAAGUUAUUGUCGACGCUCAUACAAAAUUAUCUUUUCUUUUUAACAGAUGUGUUGCAAAGUCUUAACCGAGUCUUAACCGAGACCGCAUAUAAGGGAGAAUCCGUUCAAGACCCUUACGAGAACAUUUCCAUGGAUCUAGGUGAACUGCCUGUGGCAAGUGAAGUGACAGACAUUCGUGCAGCAACCAUGAUGUUUGAAGGUAAGCACGAAGAAUGCAAUCGUGUGUUGCCAUAUACAAAUGAUGGUCAGAUUGUGGUUCAGUUUUAUGUCUAUAGUGGUGAGUCUGGUAUUCCCAAAGAUUUAAGGAAAGAAGCCCAAACGUUUUUCGAAGAUAUGCAUGUGAAGCUGGAAUGGUCAGAUCUGUAUAACGACAGCGUCAACAUACUGAAUGUUCAACGACUGAAGUAUCAAUUUGAAAAACCCACACCACUGACCGUUUCUUAGGUUAACGAAAUGAAUCAAGUGUUUGAAAACAAGCUUCCUGAACUUUCUAAGCAUCGCAAUGUUACCUAUGUGCAGGCCUCUUUCAAAAUCACAGAUUCCACGCAAACAGAUAAGCCUUGUAUUACGAUUGAUGUGCUCGGGAAAGGCUUUAUUCCAUUUGGCGAGCUUGCGUUUCCAAAUGCAUUUGAGGGUAACCCCGUGGAUGUUGUGAAUGGAUUUUGGAUAAGAGCAGGUAAACGACCAACAGAGGCAAAAGAGCCAAGCGACAUGCUUUGUUUAGGAUCAAGCAUUGGCGUACAGGGAAAGAAAGCAUCGGGGACACUAGGUGCUAUUGUGAAAGACGGUAGCACUUAUUGUGCUUUGUCCUGUGAUCUUGUAAUGAACUCAGAAAAGGCAAAGUGUAUUGUUCAUCCUGGACUCAAUGACCACCUAAACUAUCUGAAAUAUUAUCUAGCACAAUACAAACGCUGUGUAGAUGAUGUAACCGGCUCGGAAACAGAGUGUUCAGUUGAAACCCUUUCAUCGAGUGAGGCACAAGGAAAUAGAUUCGAGCAGCUAGAUCGCAUAAAAAAUAAUCAUCCCAAAAGCAGCAACUACACCAGUGCGGAUUUGAAAAGACUUACAAAGCUUGAGAAAGAUUUUGAAGAAGGUAACAAGGCGCCAAGAAAAAUAGGAGAGUACUUCGUUGGUGUCAAUAAGAAUGUUGUAUGGCCCCAGACUAAUGGCAAGGAAUACUUCAUCGAUGCUGCCAUUGCAAAGUUGCCUGACGAAGAAGUAACACGUUUAAAACAAAGCCGGACAGUUAGGUUGAUUGAAAUUGAUAUCAAAAUAAGAGGUGAAUGCGAACCCGAAGAUAUACCGGACAUAUCAGACAGCAAUAAACUUUGCAAGAACGAUGGUAAAUCGUUAAAUUCUUCGGCUUCAGGAUCAGCAGUACAUGCACGAUGGUCUAUGUUGCCGAAAUCUUAAUUAACGCCUUACCCCAGGCCCCUCAUCUCAUUAAAACUUAUGAUAAACGCAGAUUAACCUUGUAAAGGUAGAUUACAUGACUAACAUUAGUUUCAGGAGAUGUGCCCAUGGCCGCGCAGCAUUUGGUGAAAACAGGAGCGGAUCCAGUAUUUUUCUUAGGGGGGUGCACCACUAAGGAACUGCCAUUUUAACAAUCAUUUUGAUGGCGUUUAACAUAAAUUCUUAAACCUCGUCUAAUGUUUUACUUCAACACCAAUAAACCACAAAGUUUUUUUUUGGCAGAAUACCAGUUGAAUUAAAAAGCCGCAGGUCAUCUCAGAGGAGGGAAUGCGUACCCCCUGCCCCCUGCCCCCCCCGUUAUGCGCCCCUGAAGAAUAAAAUUAUUGUCGACGCUCAUACAAAAUUAUCUCUUCUUUUUAACAGAUGUGUCGCAACCUAUUGUUCCUGAAAGAAGUCUUAAUCGAGUCGUAACCGACUCCGCACAUGAGGGAGAAUACGUUGAAGACCCUUACGACAACAUUUCCAUGGAUCAAGGUGAACUGCAUAUGGCAAGCUUUAUUCCAUUUGGCGAGCGUAAGUUUCCAAAUGCAUUUGAGGGUUACCCAGUGGAUGUUGUGAAUGGAUUUUCGAUAAAAGCAGGUAAACAACCAACAGAGGCACAAGAGCCAAGCGACGUGCUUUGUCUAGGAGCAAGCAUUGGCGUACAGGGAAAGGAAGCAUCGGGGACACUAGGUGCUAUUGUCAAAGACGGUAGCAGUUAUUAUGCUUUGUUUUGUGAUCAUGUAAUGAACUCAGAAAAGUCAAGGUGUAUUGUUCAUCCUCGACUCAAUGACGAUCUAAACUAUCUGAAAUAUUAUCUACCACAAUAUAAACGUUGUGUAGAUGAUGUAACCGGCUCGGAAACAGAGUGUGCAGUUGAAACCCUUUCAUCGAGUGAGGCACAAGGAAAUAGAUUCGAAGAGCUAGAUCGCAUAAAAAAUAAUCAUCCCAAAAGCAGCAACUACACCAGUGCGGAUUCGAAAAGACUUACAAAGCUUGAGAAAGAUUUUGAAGAAGGGAACAAGCCGGCAACAAAAAUUGGAGAGUACUUCGUUGGUUUCAAUAAAAAUGUUGUAUGGCCCCAGACUAAUGGCAAGGAAUACUUCAUGGAUGCUGCCAUUGCAAAGUUGGCUGACAAAGAAGUAACACGUUCAAAACAAAGCCGGACAGCUAGGUUGAUUGAAAAUGAUAUCAAAAUAAGAGGUGAAUGCGAACACGAAGAUAUACCGGCCAUAUCAGAGACCAAUAAACUUUGCAAGAACAAUGGUAAACCGUUAAAUUCUUCGGCUUCAGUAUCAGCAGUACAUGCACGAUGGUGUAUGUUUCCGAAAUCAUAUCUAAUGUCUUACCCCAGGCCCCUCAUCUCAUUAAAACGUAUGAUAAAUGCAGAUUAACCUUGUAAAGAUAGAUUACAUCUCUAACAUUAGUUUCAAGAGAUGUGCCCAUGGCCGCGCAGCAUUUAGUGAAAACAGGAGCGGAUCCAGGAUUUUUCUUAGGAGGGGGUGCACCACUAAGGAACUACCAUUUUAACGAUCAUUUUGAUGGCGUCUAACAUAAAUUCUUAAACCUCGUCUCAUGUUUUACUUCAACACCAAUAAACCACAAAGUUUUUUUUUGGCAGAAUACCAGUUGAAUUAAAAAGCCGCAGGUCAUCUCAGGGGAGGGAAUGCGUACCCCCUGCCCCUGCACCCCCUUAUGCGCCUCUGAAGAAUAAAAUUAUUGUCAACGCUCAUACAAAAUUAUCUCUUCUUUUUAACAGAUGUGUCGCAAAUUAUUGUUCCUGAAAUAAGUCUUAACCGAGUCGUAACCGACUCCGCACAUGAGGGAGAAUACGUUGAAGACCCUUACGACAACAUUUCCAUGGAUCAAGGUGAACUGCAUAUGGCAAGCUUUAUUCCAUUUGGCGAGCGUAAGUUUCCAAAUGCAUUUGAGGGUUACCCCGUGGAUGUUGUGAAUGGAUUUUCGAUAAAAGCAGGUAAACAACCAACAGAGGCACAAGAGCCAAGCGACGUGCUUUGUCUAGGAGCAAGCAUUGGCGUACAGGGAAAGGAAGCAUCGGGGACACUAGGUGCUAUUGUCAAAGACGGUAGCAGUUAUUAUGCUUUGUCCUGUGAUCAUGUAAUGAACUCAGAAAAGUCAAGGUGUAUUGUUCAUCCUCGACUCAAUGACGAUCUAAGCUAUCUGAAAUAUUAUCUACCACAAUAUAAACGUUGUGUAGAUGAUGUAACCGGCUCGGAAACAGAGUGCGCAGUUGAAACCCUUUCAUCGAGUGAGGCACAAGGAAAUAGAUUCGAAGAGCUAGAUCGCAUAAAAAAUAAUCAUCCCAAAAGCAACAACUACACCAGUGCGGAUUCGAAAAGACUUACAAAGCUUGAGAAAGAUUUUGAAGAAGGGAACAAGCCGUCAACAAAAAUUGGAGAGUACUUCGUUGGUUUCAAUAAAAAUGUUGUAUGGCCCCAGACUAAUGGCAAGGAAUACUUCAUGGAUGCUGCCAUUGCAAAGUUGGCUGACAAAGAAGUAACACGUUCAAAACAAAGCCGGACAGCUAGGUUGAUUGAAAAUGAUAUCAAAAUAAGAGGUGAAUGCGAACACGAAGAUAUACCGGCCAUAUCAGAGACCAAUAAACUUUGCAAGAACAAUGGUAAACCGUUAAAUUCUUCGGCUUCAGUAUCAGCAGUACAUGCACGAUGGUGCAUGUUACCGAACUCAUAUUAAAUGUCUUACCCCAGGCCCCUCAUCUCAUUAAAACGUAUGAUAAAUGCAGAUUAACCUUGUAAAGAUAGAUUACAUCUCUAACAUUAGUUUCAAGAGAUGUGCGCAUCGCAGCGCAGCAUUUAGUGAAGACAGGAGCGGAUCCAGGAUUUUUCUUAGGAGGGGGUGCACCACUAAGGAACUACCAUUUUAACGAUCAUUUUGAUGGCGUUUAACAUAAAUUCUUAAACCUCGUCUCAUGUUUUACUUCAACACCAAUAAACCACAAAGUUUUUUUUUUUUGGCAGAAUACCAGUUAAAUUAAAAGCUACAUUUCAUGUCAGGGGGGGAAAGCGUACCCCUGCCCCUGCAGCCUCCCGCCCCCUGAUGCGCCCCUAAAAAGUUAUGGUCGACGCUCAUAGAAAAUUAUCUUUUCUUUUUAACAGAUGUGUUGCAAAUUAUUGUUCCUGAACCAAGUUUUAACCGAGUCUUAACCGAGAACGCAUAUAAGGGAGAAUCCGGUGAGGACCCUUACGACAACAUUUCCAUGGAUCCAGGUGAACUGCCUAUGGCAAGUGGAGUGACAGACAUUCGUGCAGCAACCAUGAUGUUUGAAGGUAAGCACGAGGAAUGCAUUCGUUUGUUGCCGUAUACAAAGGAUGGUCAGUUUGUGGUUCAGUUUUAUGUCUAUAGUGGUGAGUCUGGUAUUCCCAAAGAUUUAAGGAAAGAAGCCCAAACGUUUUUCGAAGAUAUGCAUGUGAAGCUGGAAUGGUCAGAUCUGUAUAACGACAGCGUCAACAUACUGAAUGUUCAACGACUCAAGUAUCCAUUUGGCAAACCCACACCACUGACUGCUUCUCAUGUUGACGAAAUGAAUCAAGUGUUUGAAAACAAGCUUCCUGAACUUUCUAAGCGUCGCAAUGUUACCUAUGUGUAGGCCUCUUUCAAAAUCACAGAUUCCACGCAAACAGAUAAGCCUUGUAUUACGAUUUAUGUGCUCGGUAAAGGCUUUAUUCCAUUUGGCGAGCUUGCGUUUCCAAAUGCAUUUGAGGGUUACCCCGUUGAUGUUGUGAAUGGAUUUUGGAUAAGAGCCGGUUGAUGUAGGGAACACUUCGCCAAGAAAAAUAGCAGAGUACUUCGUUGGUGUCAAUAAAAAUGUUGUAUGGCCCCAGACUAAAGGCAAGGAAUACUUCAUCGAUGCUGCCACUGCAAAGUUGCCUGACGAAGAAGUAACACGUUUAAAACAAAGCCGGACAGUUAGGUUGAUUGAAAUUGAUAUCAAAAUAAGAGGUGAAUGCGAACCCGAAGAUAUACCGGCCAUAUCAGAGACUAAUAAACUUUGCAAGAAGAAUUGUACACCGUUAAAUUCUUCGGCUUCAGGAUCGGCAGUACAUGGACGAUGGUCUAUGUUGCCGAAAUCAUAAUUAACGCCUUACUCCAGGCCUCUCAUCUCAUUAAAACUUAUGAUAAACGCAGAUUAACCUUGUAAAGAUACAUAACAUCUCUAACUUUAGUUUCAGGAGAGGUGCCCAUGGCCGUGCAGCCUUUAAGUGAAAACUGGAGCGGAUCCAGGAUUUUUCUUAGGAGGGGGUGCACCACUAAGGAACUACCAUUUUAACGAUCAUUUUGAUGGCGUCUAACAUAAAUUCUUAAACCUCGUCUCAUGUUUUACUUCAACACCAAUAAACCACAAAGUUUUUUUUUGGCAGAAUACCAGUUGAAUUAAAAAGCCGCAGGUCAUCUCAGGGGAGGGAAUGCGUACCCCCUGCCCCCUCCCCCCCCCCUUAUGCGCCUCUGAAGAAUAAAAUUAUUGUCAACGCUCAUACAAAAUUAUCUCUUCUUUUUAACAGAUGUGUCGCAAAUUAUUGUUCCUGAAAUAAGUCUUAACCGAGUCGUAACCGACUCCGCACAUGAGGGAGAAUACGUUGAAGACCCUUACGACAACAUUUCCAUGGAUCAAGGUGAACUGCAUAUG